AUGGAGUCGGAGGAGGGGUCUAUCCAGCCUCAGACCAACCCCUCAGCAAACAUCUCCAGCCUUUAGUCAGGCAGGGAGGCAGUCAGUCAGGCAGCCAGUCCACUGGAAGCCCAGCCCCCGGCAGGCAGGGCAGCUUCCCCCUCAAAGGACAGCUCCCAGAACACAACUGCUGCUACUGCUGCUGGUAGGAGAUUAAUUCAGCACCGGGGAUUCUACAGCUAGCUGCACAACCAGAGAGCGUGAGAGAAAGAGAGGGAAGAGAGAGAGACAGAGAGUCAGGAGGCAGAGAGAGAGAGACGGGGGGAAUAGGUGGAGAGAGAGAGUCGGGGCGGAAUGAUAGAGAGGGAGGAAGGGAGGGAGGGAGAGAUGCAGGCCCAGGAGCUGCUGCUGCAGCCGCCUGACAUUUAGCCACCCAAGAUAAGAGGAAGGAACACUAGCAGCAUCUCAGUCACAAUGCUACAGUGCUAGCUAGCCAGCAGAUACGGUAAAUACUGCUCCUUCAUCACCACUCAGCUUCCCCUAACUACUGCAUAGUCUUUCUCUCUCUCUCUCUCUCUCUCUCUCUCUCUCUCUCUCUCUCUCUCUCUCUCUCUCUCUCUCUCUCUCUCUCUCUCUCUCUCUCUCUCUCUUCCUCCCUUUAUCCCUCCCUCUAUCCCCUGGGUGUUGUGUCUGUGUUCUGAGCAUGUGUGUGGUUGUAUGUCUGUGGCUGGCUGAGGGAAGCCUCUCCCAUGUACUGUGCUGGAGGAGAGCUGAGAGAUGGUGGAGUGUAAUAGCACAUUGUGACUCUACUGAGACACAGUAGGGAUGCUGUGUGCUCUUGCAUUGUCACGCUCUUCCUCAUUGUACGCUGCCACCUGUUUUUCAUAGCUGUGUGUGGUCUGUGUGGUCAUUAAGGCCUGUCACAUCAGCUCCUAGACUCAAGCCUCUCCUAUGGGAAACUAGGUGGGGGGGAAAUGCAGAUGUUCUAUAGUACCUGUCUCCAUACUAUAGAAACAAUGUACAAUGUAAUGGUGUGUGUGUGUGUGUGUUGUCUUUUCGUUAUUUUGAAUGUUGGUUGUGUAACCUGAACCUCUCCCUUUGCCUGGCCAAGGGGUUGCCAUGGAGACGAUGGGAGUCUCCUCAGCAGAAAUGCUAUUUGAUCCCAAUACUGUGUUGUAUCAUAGAUUUACAGGAUGUAGAUUCCGCUUCUACCACAUAAAGACUGACUGCAUAACAUUUUUUUGGUGACAGGGAGGAAGCUUUUGGGAAUUUGCCUUUCUCCACUUACUACAUCAUAGCUGCAUUGAUACUGGUCUCAACUACUGCUCUCUUCUCAUAGGUGGGGGCAGGUUCUAGAAACAAAGCUGAAAGUAAAUCAAUCGCUCUAGUCACAAUUAUAUUGACAAAGGUUGUAUGUGUAAGUGUGUGUGUCUUCAGACCUGAGUGUACUCUGUACAUAUGCCUGUGUGUGUGGUUUGCGUGGGUGUGUGAAAGGGACCAAGAGAAGAUGAGAGUGUAGAUGGGAGAGGUGGGAGGGAGGGUAUAUAGCCUAAAUUCUCACUCUGCAGUAUUUCGACAGGCAUGAUUCUCUUUCUUUCUCUCUCUCUCUCUCUCUCUCGCCCUCUCUCUCUCUCUCUCUCUCUCUCUCUCUCUCUCUCUCUCUCUCUCUGUGUGUCUCUCUCUCUCUCUCUCUGUGUGUGUCUCUCUCUCUCUCUCUCUCUGUCUCUCUCUCUCUCUCUCUCUCUCUCUCUCUCUCUCUCUCUCUCUCUCUCUCUCUCUCUCUCUCUCUCUCUCUCUCUCUCUCUCUGUGUGUCUCUCUCUCUCUCUCUCUGUGUCUCUCUCUCUCUGUGUCUCUCUCUCUCUGUGUCUCUGUGUCUCUCUCUCUCUCUCGUUCUGUGGGUGUGAGUCCUCAAACAACAGCAGCAGCCGUGACAUUAGUGGCUCACGGCCCCCGCCUCUUCUUCCUCAUUCUGGUCUUCCUCCCAGACUGCCAUCCACUGCCAGCUGAGCUCAGCCGGAUGCCAGGGGGUGAGGGGGCAAAGAGGAGGGAUGAAGGGAGAGGGGGGGGACCAAACUUCUAUUUAGAUGUUCCUCCUCUUCUCUUGAGAUUCACUUUGGAAUAGAAUGCCAGCAAAAAGACAGCCUUGACUAAUCUCAAUGUUCCUGAAUAGCCCCCCUAAAUAAUGUUAUGCUGAAAGAGCUCUACUUUGGUGGCCUCUGGUACAUUCUAACUAAAAAAAAAUCUUAGUCGACUGAGAGUCGUCUGUUGUUUCGACCAAACGAUUGGUCGAAAUGUUAAAACGUGUAUUUUUGCCAUAUAUAGACACAUCCUAUGUGUUUUAAUCAAAUCAACUAUAUGCACUGAGAUUGUCUGAUGCUUUAAGGGAUUUUUUUUAUCCGACAUGUUGUGGUUGCCAAGUUUCACGGUAUCAGUAGGCUAUUAAACUAACAUUUAAACAGAAGCAGGAUCUGUCUUAUUUCUGUAGAUAUUUAUGGAUGAUUUAUAAAGCCAGGCACAUUUAAAAGUUAGGCUAUUGAUUAUAGACCCAAUUAAGUUGGUGUUUCCUCUCUCCUCCCUUUUCUUAAACAAUUAAGACAAGUGCUGUUUUCUCAUCUUCUAACUCAAAUCAAAUCAAAUCAAACUUUAUUUGCCACAUGCUUCGAAUACAACAGGUAUAGACAUUACAGUGAAAUGCUUACUUACAAGCCCUUAACCAGCAAUGCAUUGUUCUCAACACCAAUGUGUUGGUUAACUUUGCUGUUAUGCACAUAGCAACAUGGUCUAGGAAAAGGCGCCAAUUAAACAGCGCACUGACGCUUCAGAAACGCGGACAGUGACCGCUAUCCAAUGCUGGAGAAAGCGCAUUUGUUAUAAAAUAAUAUAUUUUUAAUUAGUGUUGCACCCUUGUUCUUACGUAAUAUAACCGUAUUAAAUUGCAGUAGCACAUGUCUUAGCGAUGGACUGUGCCAUCCCCACGGCUUCCACAAUGGACAGGCGUGAAUCAGACAGGUGUCUUGUACACCAUUAAUUUUUUUUGUGCUAUUGCUCGACUAAAGAAAUGUCGGUUGACCAACAGUCUAUCGACUAAACAAUCAACCAGUCGACAAAAUGGGGUCAGGCUUAAUUCUAAUGCCUUGAUUCCAUCUGAAAUACACAGCUAAAUUAUUGAAUACUUUAUAGAGUUUACCUACCAAAUUGGAAAAAUGUGUUGUGGUACUGUGUAGAAAGACAUGACUUUAUAAUUUAAAUGACUAAAAAUGUAUGAAUUCAGUGUAUUGUUAGUUGUUUUGGAUAUUUUUUAGGCCUAUAAGAUCAGGACUAUUUUCUAAGUAAGAUAACAUUAAACCUUUUUCAAGACUUAACCUGUCUUCUCUUGAGAUUAAAGUCUUAUUUACAGUUUUACUGCAAGAUAUGAAUUGCCACAAUGAUGUUAGUUCUUCUAAUUAUGUAUUUUAUUCAAACAGAAAAAUUAAGUAAAUAGCCCACAUUAUCUUGAUAAAUAAAUUAACGGUUUAGUUUUUCUAGGUUUCAGUUUUCCCAGUUUUUUCAGGUUUUCGCUCUCAAAACCACAACUUCUAAUCGAAAAACAACAAAAUUGUAUGUUCUAAGUCCAAAACAAUGCUUUAACCACAUCAUGAGACCACUUUUGAGGUCUGGGAAAAAUCUAAUAAAUUUAGAUUUUUGUGUGUAGUUACCCUUUAAUUAAUCCACAUAAGGCUCUGAUUUAGCUGAGUUUUUGUAGCGCACAUGUGAUGGUAGAGUUUGCAAAACAAAUACCCACUGGAUUGAUGAAAAUAAUAAUUAUAUAAUUCUGCCAUGUAAGCAUAGGCUACUUUGUAGUUAACAAUUUUGGGAAAACCUGUCCAUCUACUAGAAAAUACUGUUUUCAUUAGCAUCAUCGCUAAUGGCUACACAAAGUGGAAGACGCGCACACUGCACACACACAGACAGGGGCAUUCUCAUUGCCUCUUCAGAAAGUUGCAGGAAAUACGAAUCACUGAUGCAUUCUCUUCGUCUUAUGAUAAACUUGUGCAAAUUAAUUAAUUUUUAAUACAUUUAUUUGAUUCCCUACUAAGGUCAAUAAAUGUUUAAAUAUUGUUUAAUUUUGUUUUAAUGCCUGGAUUCUGUGAGGGCCCUAAUUAUCAUAUUUGGACCAGAAUGAGGCUCUCCACUAUCUAUUUUUCCUGCAGUGAUGAUUCACCAUCUUCAUCUAAUGUUUUCAUAAUUUAUCUGUAGAUAAUUGCCAAAAACACAUUAGGGAGCCAAAUGAACGGCUCUCUCACCGAUGCGAUUCAGUAGGCUACACUGACUGAAGAGAAUCACUAACUUUAGCAUCACUGUCUGGCAAGCCCAGACAUCUUAGGAAAGGAAACUAGGAAAUCCUUUGGUUUACUUGUCCUGAUGCGAUACCAUGGACAUAUGACCACGCUGCAUGAUUUAUGAAUGGCAAAGGAAUAUAGGAGAUAGACUUUAUUCAGUCAGCUUGACACCUUUUAUAAACUAGUCAACCAGCUGUGGCCCACCCAUUAGGGCAUUAGGGGCGGCGCCCCCAAAAAAGAAAAAAAGAUAUACUGUAUAUACACUACCAGUCAAAAGUUUGGAUACACCUACUCAUUCAAGGGGUUUUCUUAAUUGUUUACUAUUUUCUACAUUGUAGAAUAAUAGUGAAGACAUCAAAACUAUGAAAUAACACAUAUGGAAUCAUGUAGUAACCAAAGAAGUGUUAAACAAAUAAAAAUAUAUUUUAUAUUUGAGAUUCUUCAAAGUAGCCACCCUUUGCCUUGAUGACAGCUUUGCACAGUCUUGGCAUUCUCUCAACCAGCUUCAUGAGGUAGUCACCUGGAAUACAUUUCAAUGUUCAGUUACUUACUACGCUGCCCCUCAGUGACUACCAGCAGCAGCAUCUCCGCCUCUGUGGGCGCAAAGGCCUUGUCGAACAUUGCUUCGAUUAUUUUCCCAGGAAUUUGCUUUGAGGGCAAACUGCCCCAAUGAAAUCGCAGGAUUUCAUAACGGAAAUUAUAACAACACAAAGUAAAUGGACUGUCCUGGAGCACUCAAAUGUGCGUCCAUUCAGUCAGAACUUCUGGGUCUGCUCUAGUCAUGUUCAAAUUAAUUAGCCAGCUACAGUAAUGUUGAGAAACAUUGAGAAAUAGUUUCAUAGAUUUGUUUUGGGUCAAAUUAACCAGUUUAUCUAUAUUUGAUAAGCAGCUGGCUAGCAAUAGCUAGCUGGUAGCUUGCUAACUAGUUAGCUCCCAUGCCAAUUUCUAGUCUUUCUAAACUAAUAUCUGACUUACUCUGAAAUAUUAAGUUAUUUCAGAAUGAAAGUUAACUGGCUAGUGCAUCAUGCUUUGUGACAUUAUGUUAGCUAGCUAUCCCCAGUUAGAUAGUUUACACUGGUUCUCCCUGGUGCACUCCUUCAUUCGUGACAUGAGCAGGCUGCUCGUUCUAAAUAAUAUAAAAUAAUCUGUUUCAAAACAGUGGUCAUUCAGUUUUUGACAUGCAAAAGUGAAAUAGGUGUAUUUAUGCUGUUGUUCAAAUGCACAGAUCGCUUUAUAUAUCUUCUCAAAGAAACUACCGGAAAACUUGGCAUCAUAUUUCUGUCAUGCUGCUUUGUUGACAACUCCAACCACUUCGCGCCCUGGGUAUUCAGCCAAUCAGCGGCCGCCGCUGUAGUCAACACUUGUUGUUCAGUUGUCAAUCAACACACAGUAAAUUGCAUACUACGUGACACGACUCCGUGUGGCUGGCUAUGUGAAACACGCAAUAGAAAACAAUAAUUAGGCUAAGUCGUGGAUUUCAACUUAUCGUUACUUAUCCGACAGGCCCUAGUUUUGUCGCACCUGGACUACUGUCCAGUUGUGUGGUCAGGUACCACACAGAGCGACUUAGGAAAAUUACAAUUGGCCCAGAACAGGGCAGCAUGGCUAGCCGUUAAAUGUACAUGGAGAGCUAACAUUAAUUGUAUGCAUGUCAAUCUCUCCUGGCUCAAAGUAGAGGAGGGAUUGACUUCACACUACUUGUAUUUGUGAGAAGUAUUGACAUGUUGAAUGCACCAAGCUGUCUUUUUAAACUACUAGCACACAGCUCAGACACCCAUGCAUACCCCACAAGACAUGCCACCAGAGGUCUCUUCACAGUCCCCAAGUCCAGAACAGACUAUGGGAAGCGCACAGUACUACAUAGAGCCAUGACUACAUGGAACUCUAUUCCACAUCAAGUAACUCAUGCAAGCAGUAAAAUCAGAUUUAAAAACAUACAAAUACACCUCUCUCUUCACAGCGGGGACUGUGAAGAGAGACACACAGGCACAGGCACAGGCACAGACACACACAUACACACAGGCACAGACACACGCAUACACACACACACAUGAUAACAUACACACUAUACACACACGUACACAUUGGUUUUGUGUUGUAGAUGUGUGGUAGUAGAGUAGUGGUCUGAGGACACACACUUAAUGUGUUGUGAAAUAUAUUGUAAUGUUUUUUUUAUAGCUGCCUUCAUUUUGCUGGACCUCACGAAGAGUAGCUGCUUCCUUGGCAGCAGCUAAUGGGGAUCCAUAAUAAAUACAAAUACAUUACAUGCUCUCUCCCUCAGUGUAAAGAAAUUCAACAACAACCAGAGAUCUGUAUAUAGUGAUGAGAUCCUCAUGUCUCUGCCCUAACAAUGGGAGUCGUUGUCCCAAAGGCGGGAAGGCAGGCGACAAGCUUAUGUCCAAAAUAAGCCUAUAGAAACUGACAGAUUUUUGCAAGAGUGAAAUCUGUCGCUUUGCCUCUUCCGUUUACCAGUGAUCGCUAGCUUUGUGACUGACAGGUGCUUAUCCUAUCAAUAGAUUGAAUUAAAAUUAAAAGUAGCCUAGUUAAUAUGAAGUGGAAAAUGUAGCUGGCUGAAAAUGAGUCUGUAACCGGCUGAUUAGCCGACAGCCGGCACUAAUGGAAAACACUAGUUACUUCCACAACACUGGGCUAUCUGGCACUCCCAGCUAUCUUCAGGCCCCUCACCCCUAGUGCUAUCUCUCUCUUUGUCUGUUUGUCUGUCUGUCUGUCCAUCUGUCUGUCGCUCUGUCUCUCUCUUUCUCUCUCUCUCUCUCUCUCUCUCUCUGCUGUCGUGACGUGACUUUCAUUAAUAUGAUGACUGUUAUUUAUCGAAUCAACUAACUAUGUUUAAUUGUUACUCGAUUAACAAUUAACUAAUUAGGAUUUGGGGCACCACAGAAGAAGUUUGGGGCACCACAGUCAGCGUAUGAAUCCUUACCUCUUAUCAGUCUCAUUCUGAACGGUCAUAGAAUUCUUGGAUCUGCACAAACCCCAUCUUUACUUAUGAUUCAGCACUAUACAAAUUGGCUUAAUUAUUUAUUUACUAGCUAACUAAAUAAUAACACAGAAUAACAUACACACAUAAUACAUGAUAAAAAGUCCCUAGCGGACUAAUAACAACAUGACUGCUUGGUUAUCAAAAGAGGGGUAAGGAAGAGAGGGGGAGAGAGAGAGAGACAAAGAGUGAGUCAAACGUAUCGUUGAUACAUUUGGAAACUACCCUCAAAGUAAUACUUUGCUCACAAACCACCGCCCGUUUGGGGUAAGAAAUCAUGAAUGUAUUUACGUGUUUGCCGUCGUCUAUCUCUGUUGACACCAAUCAAUCCUUCUAUGGGGAAGGGGUUGGUUGGUGUAAGGCUCUGGUUGUCCACCAGAGGUCACAAUGUCCUUCUUCUUAGUUGUCCUGGCUUGUAUUGGAGUGUUCUCAGAACAGCUACUCAGCUGUACCAGUGAUUGUCUUGAGAGGGGAUUUUCUCCUUCCCACCUUGUGUGGUUAGUCAGAGUUUGAGCCACUUUACACGCACAGCUGCAGCCUUGCAAUGUCCGGGUCUAGUCUGGGAGGUGAUCUUCUUCCCCUCAUGUUGAGGUUCAACGUUCCAACCAUUUUCAAACGUGUAGACCACCGUCUCACGUAUUUCUGGUCUAAUGUUAAUUUCAUUACCUAGCCUUUUAUGCACUCUGGGUAAAAGGGGCGUUCCAUCAGGCUGGCACACUCUCUGAGCUCACUUGGGUGUGGCCACUGACUGGUGCAAAGCUUAUAUGAAAACUAUCUCGUUAGAAAACUAAAAUCACAUUCCUAUCUUAACAAAAAUACUCUCAUAAUUAAUCAUGUAUCUUAUACAACAUUUGGAUGUAAACUUGACAGAUAGAGUAAGUAUACUUUCCAAAUUACAGUAUUUUCGUUAUAACAUUUUAUAACAUUUUUAAUGACAUCACAAAAUAGACAUUCGUUUUCCAUAGACCAACUGUCAUCAUUCCACACAUUCGGAUGUUAGAAACAUUGUUCCAGUAUUCACUUUUUGGACGUGAAAGUUUUGGAAGCAAAAGUCUUCUGGAGACAAAGGGACAUUCCUUUACCAAUACUGAAGAGCAAGAGGGAGAUUUCCCUCCUGCCUAAUUUAUGUGUUAAGGUGUGAAAACCGGCCCAGCCCCCCCUCCCCUCUUCUGUGGGUGAGAGGGGGUUUGGUUGUUGUCAGCCAUUUGCCAAGCUGAUCUGAGGCCUUGGAUCCUCAGACAGGACAGUCAUGACACUGCCCUAAUCGUUAUACCUGCUCUCUUUCCAGUGUCUAUCCAUCGUUCCCUCAUCUAUCCUCUCUCCAUUUUCCUCUCUCUCGCUCCCCCUAUCUCCUUGUCCCCAGUGCAGUGGUGCUGUGCUUGGCAGUGUUGAAUCAUUUAUCAGUGGAGGACUGAGCCACAGCAGGGCUAAACACAGGCUGAGGGGAGCAGGCCAUGGGGACAGUAGGGAGACUGUAUAUAUGGUCCUGUUCAAACACAGCCAACAUGACAGCCACCUCUACCUGGGACUGCCCUUCAGUCACAUGAUGUCACCGAGCUGGGCUCACUAGAGAAGGAUGAGGGUCCACAAGCCCAACUGCAUGUACUGUAGAGUCAACAGUAUAGGCUUACAGGACCUAGUGGAAUCCCCUUUUGUGGCAUAUACAGUACCAUCGCCAUGGAAACAGUGGGCUAAGCAACAUGACAGGGUUCAGUGUAUUUCUAGCAUACGUUUUAACUGUGCAAUGGGGUCAGCCUUGAAUUAUUUAGCCGUUCUUCAGUCGUAUGUUUUGCUAGAGAUUUGGGUCUUGUGUGUUGUGUUGGUGGGUGGAGUCCUAGUCAGACUUGGGUAAGUCCUUGCCAUAGGGUAUUCUUAGUCACCUCAAAGAUCACUGAUCCACCUAAGUGACUUUUGGGGGGAAAACUGUUUUUAUUUAUCCUUUGAUAUUCUCCAGUGUGACGAAUAGGAACAAUAGUUCGCGGUGAUGUCAAAUGUAUUAUGUCAUCUUGAUUUGAUUAGAUCUUUGAUUUAUUAGGAUCCCCAUUAGCCGACGCCAAUGGUGACAGCUAGUCUUGCUGGGGUCUGACACAUAACAAAAAAGACAUUACAGACAAAAAAAUACUACAAUUGACAUACAUUUGUAGUGUGUGUGUGUGUGUAUGUAUGUAUGUGUGUGUGUGUGUGUGCAUCUAUCAGUUACACGUACAUGACAGUACAUACACACAACAAGUAGAUCACAUGGGGGAUAGGUGUUGCGCCGUGAGGUGUUGCUUUAUUAGUUUUUUUAAACCAGGUUUGCUGUUCACCUGCGCUAUAUAAGAUGAAAGGGAGUUCCAUGCACUCAUGGCUCUGUAUAAUACUGUAAGUUUCCUUGAAUUUAUUCUGGACCUGGGGACUGGGAAAAUACCCCUUGUGUGUGUGUCAGUGUGUCAGUGUGUAAGUUGACUAUGCAAAAAGUUUGGAAUUUCCAACACGUUGUUUCUUAUAAAAACAAGAAGUGACGCAGUCAGUCUUUUCUCAACUCUCAGUCAAGAGAGACUGGCAUGCAUAGUAUUCAUAUUAGCCCUCUGACUACAAUGAAGAGCAAGACGUGCCGCUCUGUUCUGGGCCAGCUUCAGCUUAACUAGGUCUUUCUUUGAAGCACUUGACCAUAUGACUGGACAAUAAUCAAGAUAAAAUCAAACUAGAGCCUGCAGGACUUGCUUUGUGGAGUGUGGUAUCGAAAAGCAGAGCAUCUCUCCCCAUCUUUAUAACCAUUGAAUCUAUAUGUUUUGACAAUGACAGUUUACAAUAUAAGGUAAUUUAGUCUCCUCAGCUUGUUCAUCAGCCACACCAUUCAUUACCAGAUUCAGCUGAGGUCUAGAACUUAUGGAAUGAUUUGUACCAAAUACAAUGCUCGUAGUUUUAGAGAUGUUCAGGACCAGUUUAUUACUGGCCACCCAUUCCAAAACAGACUGCAACUCUUUGUUAAGGGUUUCAGUGACUUCAUUAGCUGUGGUUGCUGAUGCGUAUAUGUUUGAGUCAUUAGCAUACAUGGACACACAUACUUUGUUUAAUGACAGUGGCAGGUUAUUGGUAAAAAUAGAAAAGAGUAGAGGGCCUACAGAGCUGCCCUGCGGUACACCACACUUUACAUAUUUGACAUUAGAGAAGCUUCCAUUAAAGAAAACCCUCUGAGUUCUAUUAGAUAGAUAGCUCUGAAUCCACGAUAUGGCAGAGGUUGAAAAGCCAUAACACAUACAGUACUAGUCAAAAGUUUGGACACACCUACUCAUUCAAGGGGUCUUCCUUAUUUUUUACUAUUUUUUACAUUGUAGAAUAAUAGUGAAGACAUCAAAAUUAUGAAAUAACAUAUAUGGAAUCAUGUAGUAACCAUAAAAGUGUUAAACAAAUCAAAAUAUAUUUUAUAUUUGAGAUUCUUCAAAUAGCCACCCUUUGCCUUGAUGACAGCUUUGCACCCUCUUGGCAUUCUCUCAACCAGCUUCAUGAGGUAUUCACCUGGAAUGCAUUUCAAUUAACAGUUGUGCCUUCUUAAAAGUUAAUAUGUGGAAUUUCUUUCCUUCUUAAUGUGUUAGAGCCAAUCAGUUGUGUUGUGACAAGGUAGGGGGGGGUAUACAGAAGAUAGCCCUAUUUGGUAAAAUACCAAGUCCAUAUUAUGGCAAGAACCGCUCAAAUAAGCAAAGAGAAACGACAGUCCAUCAUUACUUUAAGACAUGAAGGUCAGUCAAUACGGAACAUUUCAAGAACUUUGAAAGUUUCUUAAAGUGCAGUCGCAAAAACCAUCAAGUGCUAUGAAGAAACUGGCUCUCAUGAGGACCGCCACAGGAAUGGAAGACACAGAGUUACCUCUGCUGCAGAGGAUAAGUGCAUGUUUAUCAAUAAUUGGAAGAAGCAAUUUAAUAAAUUCAUCAAGUACAGCGUCUGGAUGCUCCUUAUUGAUUUCAUCAGACCAACAAAUAUUUUAAACCUAAUCCAAAUAAGAGUCACAGCAAAAUCUUUUGGAUGAUCUUUUAUAUACUAAUUUAGGUCCAGAUUUUGGAACUCUGGCUUUCCUGGAUAUCGCUACUAUAUUGUGAUCACUGCAUCCAAUGGGUACGGAUACAGCUUUAGAAGAAAGUUCUACAGUAUUAGUAAAAAUGUGAAUAAUACAUGUGGAUGGUCUUGUUCCUGUAGUGUUUGUAAACACCCUGGUAGGUUGAUUAAUAACCUAAAACCAGAUUACAGGCGCUGGUUAUAGUGAGAAGCUUCCUCAUGAGUGGACAGCUUGAUGAAAACCAGUCCAUAUUCAGGUCCCCAAGAAAGUAGACCUCUCUGUUUAAUAAUAUAAUAAUAAUAAUUAGCAGACGCUUUUAUCCAAAGCGACUUACAGUCAUGUGUGCAUACAUUUUUACGUAUGGGUGGUCCCGGGGAUCGAACCCACUACCCUGGCGUUACAAGCGCCAUGCUCUACCAAUUGAGCUAUAGAGGACCACAUCACAUACAACACUAUCAAGCAUUUCACACAUAUUAUUUAGAUUCUGACUGUUAGCACUUGGUGGCCUAUAGCAACACCCCAAAAGAAAGGCUUUAGAUGUGCCAGGUGAACCUGCAACCACAUCACUUGACAUAAGAUAUUCUCUAAGCAUUACAGAGAUAUGGCUCUGAAUAUAUACAGCAACACCUCCCCAUAAGCAUUUCUCUCUUCUAUAGAUGUUAUAUCCUUGUACUGCUGCUGCUGUAUCAUCAAAUGAAUUAUCUAAGUCUCAGAAAUUGCUAAUAUAUGAAUGUUAUCUGAUGUUAGCAAGUUAUUGAUUUCAUGAAACUUAUUUCUAAGUCUACAUAUAUUAAUAUGGGCUAUUUUCAGCCCUUUCCUGGGUAGCUGUUUGACUGGAAGCAUGUCAACUGAUGCGUGCUCUGCUCUCCCCUGACGCCUCCUUGCCAGAGUGGAACAGCCCAUGUCCCUCACAGCCCCGGGGCCCAUUUGUUCUCAAGAGGGGCCAACGCAUGUCACCCUGGCCCCAGGCCCUACAUACAUACACACACACACACACACACACACACACACACACACACACACACACACACACACACACACACACACACACUGCUGGAUCCCUUCACUUAUACACACACAUACUGGCAUACACACCGCAUACAAACAUACUCACAUACAUGCAUACAGACUAACUCGAUCGCAUGCACGGCAUGCAUUCAACACACACACCCACAACCUAGGCAGGGAGGAUAUGCGCGGUAGAGGGAGAGGAGGAUGUGGAGGAGGUGUAUUAUACAGUGAAGAAGUAAAUUCUUUCUGACUGUAGUGCUGGCCUUUCUCUUGGCAGUACUCUCCUCUGUCUCUUUCGAGAAAGCCUGGCUGAGACUCAUCCUGCUUUGUGGAGGCAGGCGAUGGGGGUCUUUCUCUGUGCCUUUCACAAGCAGCCAGCUCAGGAAGAACAACCUUUACACGCAUAGUUUAUUCCUUAGACUGUGUGGUUGUUGAGACGCUAGCGAUCUGCAGGAAUAUAUAAGCAUAUCGCACGCACAGACACACUUACACACACAGAGCGCAUACACACUCAUGGCACGCGCACACACAGAGCACAUACACACUCAUAGCACGCGCACACACAGAGCACAUACACACUCAUGGCACGCGCACACACACACACACACACAUACACACACACACACACCAAAACACUGGAUUAGCCCCACUCACUUGUGUUUUAUGAAUGAGCUACCUGUAUUGCAACACAGAGAGGUGAGAGGAACAUUGUUAAGUAGAAUCAGCUGAAAGUCCUAUCAUAGUAUAACUGUAGGCACAUGGCCUCCCUCACUGCUGCUGAGAGCUGGCUGGAAGGGCUCAGCUAGUGCUGCCCAAGGUCCUGACUCUUCCAGACCUGAUGGUGCUGAACGGACAACUGAUCCUUCUAUUAAGGUUAUGGGUGAUGUCACGUUCCCUUUGCCCUUUCGCUGUCCUACAUCAUCUACAUCACACUGGACUAACACAGAGUGGUGGUGUGGCUAGAGGAAAUGGGUGUCAGAGUUACAAAAUAUUGGUUACGUUCCAAUGGUUGGUUACGUUCUACUUAGAAUGCAUGCCCAAUACAUUGCUUUAUUCUAAGUUGUGUGUUAGACUUGACACAUUAAACCAUGCUUCAGUGACUACUGCAGUGCUCUCUAUAAGGAUAUCUUCUGCUUUUGUUCUACAUGAACUCUGAUGCCCCUGAUGAUUAGUGCUAUGGUAUAGCUCCAACUCUGCAGUGUAUCCCAGUGUGACCUGCCUGCCAGUAAUCCCAUCAAAGAGACAGUAUAGAGGCCACCUAGUAGAGGCAUCCAGUGUCUCCCUACUGUUCCCAGGAACAAACCUGCAUGUCGUCUCAUUAACCUAGGGAAUCCUCCCUGGAGUUUAAAGUGACCAGCGGGAAACCACGGGGUCAACAGAAAUUAAUUUAGUCUGAAGAAACACACACACACAACUUAGUGUCUGUCUAAGACAUUUAGGUAAAUAUCUGUCUAGGUAUAGAUAAAGCAACCAUGUUAACACUACACUCUCACCAAGACAAUGCUAGUGAUGAAAUAAGAUGGGAUUGGUAGACUGGAGUGUAUAAGCCUAGGAGACAUUCAGUAUGCUUUGUUUGUGUCAUUUGAUGGAGUGAUUGGAUGCCUAGUCACUCUUUAACAUCUGGUAACGUAGCAUGGCACAGGAAUGAUGCCAUGUCAGACUGAACUGAUCCAUACAUUUUUCUGACUGGUGCACAGCAUCACACCCCCAGCAUAGGAUGAUGACAUCAUCACUGCAGCUGUCAAAGCAGUGAUGUUACCCUGACAGGCUGAAGGGGUAACGUGUCAAUACUCUCUGCAUUCUGUGGCUGUAGGCAAGGGGAAGAGCUGUCAUAGCAACCACCUGCUCAUAGAAAAGCACACAAAAAUAGAGAGAGGAGGAGAGGGAGAGAAUGCAAAAAAAUUGAUUUUUAUUCUUUGUAAACAACAGGUGUAGACUAACACUUUAUCUCUGUUGUUCUUUGAUAAGGUCAGAAAAUAAAUACCAGUUACGGUCUCACACCUACUUACUUUUAACAGUUCCUAAAAUCAGAACGGAUCAUGGCAAAAACAUUUUUAGCUACUCAUCUUUGUGUUCUUGGAAUUCUCUCCAGACCAGCUUGAAACUCCAGGAUCUUGUUUCCUUGGAGGAGUUUCAAAGUUUGUUUGGCAUGUUACUGAGGAAUGUGAUUGUCGUUAGGACUUGAUGCGGUGGUACAUACGAUUGAUUUUUUAAAGCAAUGAUGCUUGUAUGUUUCUGUAAUUGAAAUGUAUGUGUGUCUACAUCAAUAUUUAUAUUUUUUUAUGGUGUGUCUAUGUCUGUAAAUUGUUACAGUAUGUCUGAUAUUUGUCUCAAACAUUGCUCCCCCCUGCUGCUGUCUUGGUUGGACCAGGUCUCUCUUGAAAAAUGUAUUUUAUCUCAUUGAGACUAACCUGGAUAAGUAACAAUGCAGAGAGAAGAAUAUAAAAAAUUGUAGAAAGAUAAUAACACGAGGAAUAAAUACACGAGUAACGAUAACUUGGCUUUAUGCACAGGGUACCAGUACCGAGUCGCUGUGCAGGGGUACAAGGUAAUUGAGGUAGAUAUGUACAUAUAGGUAGGGGUAAAGUGACUAGGCAACAGGAUAGAUAAUAAACAGCAGAAGCAGCGUAUGUGAUGAGUCAAAAGAGUGCAAAGUGGGGUCAAUGCAGAUAGUCCAGGUAGCUAUUUGGUUAACUAUUUAGCAGUCUUAUGGCUUGGGGGUAGAAGCUGUUCAGGGUCCUGUUGGUUCCAGACUUGGUGCAUCGGUACCGCUUGCCAUGUGGUAGCAGAGAGAACAGUCUAUGACUUGGGUGGCUGGAGUCUUUGACUAUUUUUAGGGCCUUCCUCUGAUACCGGCUGGUAUAGAGGUCCUGGAUGGCAGGGAGCUCGGCCCCAGUGAUAUACUGGGCCGUACGCACUACCCUCUGUAGUGCCUUGCAGCCAAGCAGUUGCCAUACCAAACGGUGAUGUAGCCAGUCAAGAUGCUGUCAAUGGUGCAGCUGUAUAACUUUUUGAGGAUCUGAGGGCCCAUGCCAAGUCUUUUCAGCCUCCUGAGGGGGAAGAGGCAUUGUCAUGCCUUCUUCAAGGUUGUUGGUAUGUGUGGACCAUGUUAAUUCCUUAGGAAGCUCUCGACCCGCUCCACUACAGCCCCGUUGAUGUGGAUGGGGGCGUGCUCAGCCUUCCGUUUCCUGUAGUCCACGAUCAGCUCCUUUGUCUUGCUGACGUUGAGGGAAAGGUUGUUGUCCUGGCACCACACUGCCAGGUCACAGACCUCCUCCCUAUAGGCUGUCUCAUCGUCGUCAGUGAUCACGCAAUCAGGUGGCGGAUGUGUUGUUGCCUACCCUCACCACCUGGGGGCAGCCCGUCAGGAAGUCCAGGAUCCAGUUGCAGAGGGAGGUGUUCAGUCCCAGGGUCUUGUGCUUAGUGAUGAGCUUGGAGGGCAAUAUGGUGUUAAACGCUGAGCUGUAGUCAAUGAACAGCCUUCUCCCAUAGGUGUUCCUCUUAUACAGGUAGGAGAGGGCAGUGUGGAGUGCAAUAAAGAUAAUCUGUGGAUCUGUUGGGGCAGUAUGCGAAUUUAAGUGGGUCCAGGGUGGUUGGGAUGAUGUUGUUGAUGUGAGCCAUGACCAGCCUUUCAAAGCAUUUCAUGGCUACAGAUGUGAGUGCUAUGGGGCGAUAGUCAUUUAGACAGGUUACCUUGGCGUUCUGAGAGAGAGGGAGAGAGAGAGCGAGCACUUGGGGUGAGAGAGAGAGAACGCGUGUAUAGAGGUGCUUCUCUCUGUGUGUUUUAGACAUUGACUUAGUACUUUAAAAUGAGAGACUAUCUUAACAUGAAGAUGCUGCUGGAUGCAGAGGAGAGAAGAGUAGGCUUGUAGUCUUGAGCCAUAAUGUGUUUGCUCUCUAAUCAGCUCCUACAGACACAGAGAUUAACCCUGUUUCGAAUCCUCCUCAUACGAUUGUCAGAUGCCCAGUGAUAGUAGCUCAUAAUUGCAAAUGUGUGGAUACAAAACAACAAUGCAAUACAUUUAAUAUAAUAUGAACAUUGUGCAGUGGGUUAUAGACAGAGUCCCCACACACUAUGCUCUAUUUCUCUGGGCCUGUGUUCUGGGAGCUGGACAAGGCGUCCGGACCAGAUGCAGUGCCACAGGCUAAAUUAGGGGGUUGGGAUGAUGAUGAUGAUGGGGGUGCAGGAGGAAAACAGCCAGAGAUGUCAGUGUGAAUUAGUCACUGGGAGUGUUGAGGGCUCUCUCUCUCUCCUGGUCUGUCCACCAUCCACCCAGCAGGCCAGCACGCAAAUAUGGAUUUCAGACACUGUCUGUCUGUGUGUUUCUACAGCACGGCUCCUUACUGGAAAUGAAUGCUUUUCAGCUCCACUUACACCCUGGUCUUCUAAUGUUUUUUAAUCAUGUUGCUCCAUUUGUCUUCAUUUGUUAACCCUUUGUGGAGUGAGUCAUUUUAUUGUCAGUGUUUUCUUUAUUUUUAUUUUACAGCAGGUUUGUUCAACAACAACAUGCAGUCUGUACACAUCAAAGGGUAAAUUACAUUCUCCAUUUUGUCAUCGGCACCUUACCACCUACACACACACAUGAAAAUGUAUGCACUCACGCAUGCUCGUACCUACACACACACAAACAAAUGCGUGCACACACACUUACUCACUCACAGUGGCAGUCUGCUGUUUAGUGAGUCCCUCCAUAUGUGCAGACAAUUUGAUGAUAGGGAGCCUGCUGAGGCUUUAUCCUCCCCACAAAUCCUCCAUCCUCCCUGGGUCUAGAGUUGGCAUCCACCCUCACAGCUCUCUCUCUCUCUCUCUCUCUCUCUCUCUCUCUUGCUCUCUCUCUCUCUCUCUCUCUCUCCUCUCUCUCUCUCUCUCUCUCUCUGUGUGUGUUCAGGAUUUAAGCCUGUUACAUAAUUGUAUUAAAGCAAGAGUCACUUCACACCUCUUUCACUGUGUGAGAUUUGGCAUGAUCGUCCCCAGAUCUGUCAGAGGGAAGACCUCCACCACUCAACAUAUUUGUCACAAAUGGUAACCUAUUCCCUAUGUAGUGCACUACUUUUGACCAGGGCCCAUAGGGUGCUGAUUUAUCUCCUGGGUCAUUGGAGAUUUCAUGGUGGCACUGUUAAUGGUGGUGGCCACACACCAAAUGGAAGGUGACACGUGCAGCUGUAUAUCCUGUCAUCUAUAUAACGAAGGGGUUUUGUGACCUGGUAAACAGCUUCGGCCCACACAAGGAUACGACAACCUGAGACGAAUGUCUAUGUGUUGUAUAACUGUACACGUUUAAAGAUGGAAUGAACGUACAACAUGCAUUGUAGCCUAUUGCUGUACUGUACACACUAUUACUUUAUGAUUUAAUGCAAAUAUAUAGUGGGACAAUGCACCGAUAUCACCAUUGAAUGUACUGUCAUAUUUAGACUAAUUCUCUCUUUCUCCCCCACCCUCUUUCUCUCUCUUUCUCUCUCUCCUGCCUAUAUUUCUCCCUCUCUCUUUCCCUCCACAGAAAACUAAGUUCCAGGAUGCGUUGCAGGAGAAAAAUCGCCUGAACCUUGAGUUGUCCAGCCACAGCCUGAAGGCAUCCAAGUAUGACCAGGUAGGUAAGACUCUCAGGAUGCAUCCCAAAUGGCACUCUAUUCCCUACAUAGUGCACUACGUUUGACCAGGGCCAAUAGGGCUCUGGUCAAAAGUAGUACACUGUGUAGGGAAUAGGGUACCAUUUAGGACGUAGCCUCAACCGCGCCACAGCACAGCCCAGCACAGUGCUAAAAUCUCUUGAUCAAUGGGCAUAUAUAUAUAUAUAUAUAUAUAUAUAUAUAUAUAUAUAUAUAUAUAUAUAUAUAUAUAUAUAUACCUAUCAGGGCCACAGGGCCCCAGGGAUAACCCUCACAGAUGGGGCUCUGCAUUAGACUAACUAAUGGAAUCUGUAAUCCAUCUCUAAUAGAUUAAUAGCCACUGAAAGCCCCUUGCACAAUUUCACUGCCGGUCUCCAUGGAGACGUGAUGCUUGUCGUGGUUCAAUGGAAUUGUAUACAUUAGGUGAGGAGUGUAUUGUGUACAAUGGAUGCUGGGAUAUCUGUUAGCUGUAACAUAAUGUGUUAGCCAGUGAUAGAUGAUAUUCAUAGCAGCAUGGAACAGAUAGGCUACCAUAUGGACGUUGUAGAGUUUUGUAGUUUAAGUGCAUUGCCAAUGGAGGUGGAGAGACCAUGCUCAUAGCACAUAGCCCAGUCAUAAUGAUCAAUGCCCACACUAGGCUCUACUACUAUCUCUACACUGUGAUCUGGGACACAAAAACCAAUACACCACAAUGUGUAUGGUUACAAUACGAUUAUUGUGGAUAGUCAGAUUAAUAUAAUAGAUUGUUUAAAACGUUUACAUGCUUUGCAAGAAGCUGGAUUUCCAUAAUAAUCCUUUUUACAUAGACAGAUCUUAAAUCAGGCUACCUGAUGGGACUUACACUGAACAAAAAUAUAAACGCAGUGUUGGUCCCAUGUUUCAUGAGCUGAAAUAAAAUAUCACAGAAAUGUUCCAUACGCACAAAAAGGUUAUUUCUCUGAAAUUCUGUGCACAAAUUUGUUUACAUCCAUGUUAGUGAGCAUUUCUCCUUUGCCAAGAUAAUCCAUCCACCUGACAGGUGUGGCAUAUCAAGAAGCUGAUUAAACAGCAUGAUCAUUACACAGAUGCACCUUGUGCUGGGGACAGUAAAAGGCCACACUAAAAUGUGCAGUUUUGUCACACAACGCAAUGCCACAGAUGUCUCAAGUUUUGAGGAAGUGUGAUAUUGGCAUGAUGACUGCAGGAAUGUCCACCAGAGUUUUUGCCAAAUAAUUAAAUGUUAAUUUCUCUACCAUAUGCCGCCUCCAACAUCGUUUUAGAAAAUAUUGCAGUACAUUCAACCGGCCUCACAACCGCAGACCAAGUGUAACCACGCCAGCUCAGGACCUCCACAUACAGCUUCUUCACCUGCGAGAUCGUCUGAAACCAGCCACCCGGACAGCUGAUGAAACUGUGGGUUUGCACAACCGAAGAAUUUCUGCAAAAACUGUCAGAAACCGUCUCAGGGAAGCUCAUCUGCAUGCUCGUUGUCUUCACCAGUGUCUUGACCUGACUGCAGUUCGCCGUCGUAACCGACUUCAGUGGGCGAAUGUUCACCUUCGAUGGUCACUGGCACGCUAGAGAAGUGUGCUCUUCACGGAUUAAUCCCGGUUUCAACUGUAUCGAGCAGAUGGCAGACAGCGUGUAUGGCGUUGUGUGGGUGAGCGGUUUGUUGAUGUCAACAUUGUGAACAGAGUGCCCCAUUGUGGUGGUGGGGUUAUGGUAUGGGCAGGCAUAAGCUACAGACAAUGAACGCAAUUGCAUUUUAUCGAUGGCAAUUUGAAUGCACAGAGAUACCGUGACGAGAUCCUGAGGCCCAUUGUCGUGCCAUUCAUUUGCCGCCAUCACCUCAUGUUUCAGCAUAAUAAUGCACGGCCCCAUGUCACAAGGAUCUGUACACAAUUCCUGGUAGCUGAAAAUGUCCCUGUUUUUCCAUGGCCUGCAUACUAACCAGACAUGUCACCCAUUGAGCGUGUUUGGGAUGCUCUGGAUCGACGUGUACAACAGCGUGUUCCAGUUCCCACAAAUAUUCAGGUGGGACAACAUUCCACAGGCCACAAUCAACAGCUUGAUGAACUCUAUGCGAAGGAGAUGUGUUGUGCUGCAUGAGGCAAAUGUUGGUCACACCAAAUACUGACUGGUUUUCUGAUCCACGCCCCUACCUUUUAAAAAAAGGUAUCUGUGACCAACAGAUAUAUAAUUGUAUUCCCAGUCAUGUGAAAUUGAUAGAUUAGGGCCUAAUUAUUUUAUUUCAGUUGACUGAUUUCAUUAUAUGAACUUUAACUCAGUAAAAUCUUUGAAAUUGUUGCAUGUUGCAUUUUAUAUUUUUGUUCAGUAUAAAUAAAUGCAGAAAAUCGCCAAUCAAAAGAAACGUUUUACUACAGUGACCAUGUUAUUUUUGCGAAGCCUAUUUAAUUCUGAGUUCGGAUAUAUCAUGUUUGUAUGUGAAAACUAUUUCUAAGAUGCCAUACAUUACUUUCACUUUUUCUGAACUCACUUCACUCUCGCGUAAGAGGGAGGCUUGCGCUACCCGAUGCUGGCACAUGCGCAGAUCAAACACACUGCUGGAACGCAGAUUAAGCUGUUUACAUGUCCUAAUCAUUCGAAAGAUUGCUCAGAAAACCUAGUGUUUUAAUCGCUGUAUGCUUACUUCGAUUUUGACCUUAUGCUGUUUAAGAUAAGCAGAGUAAAGUUUUUAAGUGACUAUUGCUAUAUUUGGCCUACUGCCAUAAUCAGUUUAAUAUCGAAUGAUUAGUUUGCAUGUAAACGUACUCAAUGACACAAACAUGGACAGCACCACUCCCCAGCCUCUCAAACAACAACUCUGAUUUUUUACGUUAUGUAAUGGUGUAAGAACAAACUUCAUCAAUUUUGCAUGCCUCUGUUACUUCCGAAAUACAUGGAUAUAAAUGAAAAAGAAGGAUACAUUUUUGGAAGAAGAAGAACAAUUUUUCUUUAUUUUCUUCCCUCACUCCAUUUGCAUAUGCUGUAUCUUUCUUCUCUCUGACUCACUCUUCCCUUACUUUAUUUCUCUCUUUCCUUAUUUAAUUUUUCUCUAGGUAAGGUCAGAAUAUGAGCAGCUCAGACACACCUACAGCACUGUGAGUCGGGAGAGAGACUUGGCUCAACAGGAGAGGAAACAACUCCAAGGCAAACUGGAGAACCUCGAGCAAGUCCUCAAGGUGAGAAUCCAUCUGCCCGUCCAUCCAUCCAAACAUCUAUCCAUCCAUCCUAGCUCUCUUAAAUUCACUGCUACUGUUCCUCCAACUCAACAGUAAGCUAUGUCAGCCAAUCAUGAGAUAUGGACUAAACAUCAGCGGCAGGGUUCUAUAAGGCCUUUGGAAUCUGAUUGGUUUAGGUUAACGUAAGGCUAGAUCACUUGAACCUUUUCUGAAAAUCUGAUUGGACAAAUGCAUCUAUCUGCAAAGUCUGUCCUUUGAGUUAUAUAAUACAUUUUCUUUUUGCCAAUAAAAGCGUGGAAGAAAUUGGUAUAAGUUAUGAGCUUUGUUAUCUGUUUUGCAGGACACACUUUUUCAUUAGACACUGAUUUGCCAAUAGCAAUCAGCAGUAGUCUCAUAGCGUUGUGAAAUAUGCUCUCAUUACAAAUCACUGCUUCCCUCCAUUCCAUAUUGAUUGUCUGUUUGUAAGGAGUGGAUAUAUUUGAGGGAAAAACUUACCAUCUGAGGAAAUUGACUCCUGCUCCUAAAAAAUAAAAGAAGUGUGUGUUACUUUUUCAUUGCCUAUUGAUUUGAAUAGAUGGGGAGAUUGCAUGUUGGAGAACAUUAUGGAGAGAGACUAGGAUGUCGAAAGCAGAGAAAGACUCUGAAAAGGGAGAAAGAAUAAAUGUUUCAGGGAUAAUGACGAUGACGAUAACAAUGACGGCGAUUAUGAGAAUCAGUUAGCUGGUAUAUUUUGGAGCUUUUGAGUGACCACCACCACAUCUGAUAGAGUGAACCUAGCAGGCACAUGCCCUCCUAUGAGAAAAGUGGCCUUUUGAUUGUCGACGAUUUUUUGACAAAUUAUUUUUAUUAAAUGUUUUGUCUAUUUUCUCUCUUGCAUUGUUCAUAUACAUGUAAUGUAACACCUUUGGGGUGAAUUGGAAUGCCGACUGCGAGCCAGGCCUAAUCGCCCAACAUCAGUGCCCGACCUCACUAAUGCUCUUGUGGCUGAAUGGAAGCAAGUCCCCGCAGCAAUGUUCCAACAUCUAGUGGAAAGCCUUCCCAGAAGAGUGGAGGCUGUUAUAGCAGCAAAGGGGGGACCAACUCCAUAUUAAUGCCCUUAAUUUUGGAAUGAGAUAGUCAACGAGCAGGUGUCCACAUACUUAAUUCAGUGUACAUUAGCAAUCAGCUGAUGUCUCUGUGAACAGUAGCCUAGUGGCGCUAGCUUUUGCACAGAAUUUAUGUAUAUGCUAAAACAUAAUGGUGAAUUUGACUAUAGGACCAGUAGUAAAUGUUGAAAAUCGGGGAGGGGGGUCACAUUGAGCACAUGCCCCUCACAAAGGUCUAUGCACGGCCCUGGAACCUGGUGACAGUCCCUCAGUCACUGGAGUUCCCUGAGUCCCCAGCAGAGCUUAAGACUCUAUGAUUAUGCAAAGCAGUGCCUGCUCAGGACACGUCUGAGCAUCUCUGGGGCAGGGGCGUUUUUAGGAUUUGAAGACAUUUGUGGCUUAGCCCAAAGCCAGCAGGGGAGUCUAGGGUUAUUCUCCCCCGACAAAACAAAGUGUAAUUUCAGCAGCUAAAUGCGUGAAUUUGGUGCACUUUGAGAUGAACAUUGAGAGAUUAGAACAUUGAGAGAUUAGAUAUUAUUCAGGUAACCUUUUCAGGUAACUCCCACCUGCCACAGCAGACACUGCCAGUACUCAAUUACAGUUGCUACUGUGGGUCUCACUACUCUGCAACACACUCUACUCUCUACUCUGGAACACAUACACUACCAUUCAAAAGUUUGGGGUCACAUAGAAAUGUCCUUGUUUUUGAAAGAAAAGCAUUUUUUUUGUCCAUUAAAAUAACAUCAAAUUGAUCAGAAAUACAGUGUAGACAUUUGUUAAUGUUGUAAAUGGCUAUUGUAGCUGGAAACGGCUGAUUUUUUAUGGAAUAUCUACAUAGGCGUACAGAGGCCCAUUAUCGGCAACCAUCAGUCCUGUGUUCCAAUGGCAUGUUGUGUUUGCUAAUCCAAGUUUAUCAUUUUAAAAGGCUAAUUGAUCAUUAGAAAACCCUUUUGCAAUUAUGAUAGCACAGCUGAAAACUGUUGUGCUUAUUAAAGAAGCAAUAAAACUGGCCUUCUUGAGACUAGUUGAGUAUCUGGAGCAUCAGCAAUUGUGGGUUCGAUUACAGGCUCAAAAUGGCCAGAAACAAAUAACUUCCUUCUGAAACUCGUCAGUCUAUUCUUGUUCCGAGAAAUGAAGGCUAUUCCAUGCAAGAAAUUGCCAAGAAACUGAAGAUCACGUACAAUGCUGUGUACUACUCCCUUCACAGAACAGCGCAAACUGGCUCUAACCAGAAUAGAAAGAGGAGUGGGAGGCCCCGGUGCACAACUGAGCAAGAGGACAAAUACAUUAGAGUGUCUAGUUUGAGAAACAGAUGCCUCACAGGUCCUCAACUGACAGCUUCAUCAAAUAGUCAGAGAUCUUCAGUUUCUUGGCAAUUUCUCGCAUGGAAUAGCCUUCAUUCUGCGCACGUCUAUCUGUGACUGUCUGUGUUUCAAUCAGCGUGUUUGUAUUUUUAAAAAUACUGCAUAGCGCAAGUAAUGUGUGGUUAUGGAAACUCAUCAGACUGAAACCUUUUUUGACCAUCAAAAGGUUUGGGGCUGGAACAAAUGACGCCACUGUUCUGGGGGGGGGAGAGGCUUUUCUUCUCCCAGAGAGAAAAAUAUGAAUGUCAGAGUUUAUCAGCGUAUUAACUCCAAGAAACAUCUUAUGUCCCUAACUCCAACUCCUACCGGUGGCAGCUGCUCUUAACUCUGCAGAUACAGAUAAUGACUCGGCUAAUUUGGGAGUGGGUAGAUUUGGGUUUUGUAUAGGUGUCUAUGUGUGAUGGAUCACAGGUAUCAGUGAGUCGGACUAGAUAUGUAGUCAAUACAGGUAGACAAACUUCAUACCCUCUGAAUUGAAAACGAGACCUUUUUAUGUAUUAUGCACUUUUAUUGUUCCGCUGGUAUUACGGGUGCUGUAAAAGUGUUUGGACUGUGUUGUGACCAUUCUAUGAUCCAUUUGGAGAUUUUAAAGCCAUAGUUACCGCACUAUGACCAUGAAUUGACUGUUUUGUGACCUGGUCUCCCCAGUAUAUAACCAUGUAUUGACCAUGUUGUAAUAUGAUUGUGGUCUCCCGAGCAUAUGACCAUGAAUUGACUGUGUUGUGACCUGGUCUCCACAGCAUAUGCGAGAGGCUGCAGAGAGGAGGCAGCAGUUGGAAGAGGAGCAUGAGCAGGCCCUGGCUGUCCUCACAACCAAGCAGCAGGAGAUUCACCUUCUGCAGAGGGUAAGCUCAUAACACCCCACCUUGCCUCUGCCCUAGACUCCAACCACCAUGACCACAGUAUGACCACAGUGGUCACAAGACAAUGUAUCAUGGUAACAGUGUUCAAGUAUGUGUGUAUUGAUUAUGAGAGACAAGUAUUGUACAACUAUCAUGAAAUGAUCCCCCCAAACACUGUAAAUCAUGCUCCAUGAAAAAAAAUAACAUUCUACCAUUAGUCCUGGUGAGACUGAUGAGAAAGUAAAAGGGGUGAUAUAAUCAGCAGUCUCCUGUGAUUGUCUGUCUGUAUGGGCAGCAAUAAUCUGAGCCCUUAGAGAGCUGUGUGAAUUCCUGUGUGUAUGUGUUCUGUUCAGAGAGGAGCCAUGACAGGCAAUUAGCGCAGAUGGCAAACACAGCACAGAUCAGACUCCCCUGAGCCUAAACCGAGCACUUCACUAUAGGGAGACGCAGAGAGAAUGUGUGUCAGCUUGUGUGUGUGUGUGUGUGUGUGUGUGCACAUCUAUCCGUGACUAUCUGUGUUCCAAUCCAUGUGUUUGUAUGCAUCUGCCUCAGCGUGCUCGUUUGAGUUCUUGUCCUUUCUUGUCUGUUUUGUCCUUAACCUAAUUUAAUGUGCUGUGAUUCCAUUCAAUUAGCAAUUGCACAGAUAUUAUCUCACUGGAGUAGAACAGCAGUUUGUCCUUAUCGAUAUCAAAGCCAAUCUGGAUGAAACAGAUUGAUUUCAUCAGGUUAUUCUGUUGAACUCAUAGCGCCCCCUCAGUUCUCGCCCUGUCUCUCCCUGUCCUCAGAUAGCCCACAGCUGUGAGGCAUUAACUGCUUUCUCCUCCUCAUGCUGGGCAGAGCUGACACCACUGAGGGUUCUGCAUGUGUCUGUUCUAGCACUGACAGUUUAUCUUAAGUUGUUGUUCAACUCAGACUGUCUCUUCUACAGGUAACUACCAAAAUAAUGGAAACACCAACAUAAAGUGUCUUAAUAUGACAUUGGGCCACCACAAGCCAGAACAGUUUCAAUGCACCUUGGCAUAGAUUCUACAAGUGUCUGGAACUCUAUUGGAGGGAUGCAACACCAUUCUUCCACGAGAAAUUGCAUAAUUUGGUGUUUUGUUGAUGGUGGUGGAAAACGCUGUCUCGGACUCCGCUACAGAAUCUCCCAUAAGUGUUCAAUUGGGUUGCGAUCUGGUGACUGAGAUGGCCAUAGCAUAUGGUUUACAUUGUAUUCAUGCUCAUCAAACCAUUCAGUGACCACUCGUGCCCUGUGGAUGGGGGAAUUGUCAUCCUAUGGGGUCAUAGCCAUGGUAGCCAAAAUAAUGACCAGAAUAAUGCAAUGACCUGCCCAGCAUUCUUAUACAUGACCCUAAGCAUGAUGGCAUGUUAAUUGCUUAAUUAACUCAGGAACCACACCUGUGUGGAAGCACCUGCUUUCAAUAUACUUAAAUGUAUACAAUUUACUCAAGUGUUUCCAUUAUUUUGGCAGUUACCUGUAUGUCUGCAGUGUACCAAAAGCUAUGCCAUUUGUAUGUUUGAUGUAGCACUGACGGAGAGAUAAUGUGCAGUGCUCACUGUGUCACCUGCAGGUCCUAUAUGACUGUGUUUCUGUGUGUUCUCCAGGCUCAGGUUGAAGCUGAGAAAGAGCAUGAGGGAGCGGUCCACCUGUUAGAGGUAAGUAGACAUGGAGGUCCGAUGGGCAAAUGAGGAUGGCUUCGGUGGCUGUUUUCAAAAUGGCUGUCACUUGACUGAUAUGUGGUUUUGUUUGUGUAUGCAAGACACUGAUACAUAUGAAAAACACCUCCAUUGUAUUGUUUAAAUUCCACCAAAUCCAUAUUGCCUUCAAUGAAAAGCUAGAGUUUUGAGGUAAGCCUGGUUCAUUCCAGGUCAUACUCUAUACUGUAUUUACACUGAACAAAAAUAUAAACGCAACAUGUAAAGUGUUGGUCCCAUGUUUCAUGAGCUGAAAAAAUGUUGUGCACAAAUUUGUUUACAUCCCUGUUUGUGAGCAUUUCUCCGUUGCCAAGAUAAUCCAUCCACCUGACAGGUGAGGCAUAUCAAUAAAGCUGAUUAAACAGCAUGAUCGUUACACAGGUGCACCUUGUGCUGGGGACAAUAAAAGGCCACUUUAAAAUGUGCAGUUUUGUCACACAACACAAUGCCACAGAUGUCUUAAGUUUUGAGGGAGCGUGCAAUUGGCAUUCAGACUGCAAGAAUGUCCACCAGAGCUGUUGCCAUUGAACGUUCAUUUCUCUACCAUAAGCUGCUUCCAACGUUGUUUUAGAGAAUUUGGUAGUACGUCCAACCGGCCUCACAACCGCAGACCACGUAUAACCACGCCAGCCCAGGACCUCCACAUCCGGCUUCUUCACCUGUGGGAUCGUCUGAGGGGGGGGUGGGGAGGGGGUGCUGAGGAGUAUUUCUGUCUGUAAUAAAGCCCUUUUGUGGGGAAAAAACUAAUUCUGAUUGUCUGGGCCUGGCUCCCUAGUGGGUGGGCAUGGCUGCCAAGUGGGUGGGCCUAUGCCCUCCCAGGCCCACCCAUGGCCGCACCCCUGCCCAGUCAUGUGAAAGCCAUAGAUUAGGGCCUAAUGAAUUGACUGAUUUCCUUAUAUGAACUGUAACUCAGUAAAAACGUUGAAAUUGUUGCAUCUUGCGUUUUUUGAGGCUUUCGUUGAGUGGGGAUUUUAGCUCUAAUGAGUAUAGAACACUUUUACAGAGAGCUGGGUCAGCAAAACCUGCCCAUAACUCUCUCCAUUACGACUCAGUGAGACCGCUCAACACUGCCGUGGCUCAGGCUCAGCUCAAAAGCUCUCAUCCCAGCCAUGGCACUAAUGGCUCUGGAGAAACCUAUUUUACAGAAAAAUUCAGAGAGCAACCAUCCAGAUGAUGAAAUAUCUACAGUGUAGAGGAGAUGCAUUAGGAGGACUGGCACUGUUCACAGAGAACUCCAAUAGCAUGCUCAGUUACUCAGUGGCGGCUCCUGAAAAAAUUCUCAGGGGGGGCAAUUUUUCUGAUGAUUUAGGUGACCUACACACAUUUUAAAAAAGAUAUGUCCAGCAACAACAUGAAGACAGGGGCAGCAUAUAAGUCAAUACCAGAAGCAUUUAUUGACUGAUCUGGGGAGAUGGAUUCCAGUUUCUGUGACAGAUUAUAAAUAAUCUCUGAUGCCUUUGUUAUAUUAGCUUUUGGUUGAAUGUACACAACGGUAACAAACAAUUGGGGGAACUCACGGGGCAGAUAGUAAGGUCGCAGUGACACAGAAAGCAGUUCAAUGUCGGGGGUACAGAGUCGCUCUCUUACCAGGAUCGAUUUUCCCUGUGACUGUCAGAUCGCGGUCCGCUCUGACCAGGGUGAAGCCGGCCGGCUCCACUUCUCUGUCCGGGACUCUGUCAUCCAGCCAAGUCUCAGUAAAUGCCAGCAAACAGGCCUCCCGAUAUUCGUGUUGGAAGCGCAGAUUCGCUGACAACUCAUCCGCUUUCCCCCUCAGUGACUGGGCAUUAAUCAGCAAGGUGGUGGGUAAGGGAAGUUUGUUCUGCUGUAUUAGAUUCCGCUGCCAGCAGCGUUUUCAUUAUUUAGUCCGUUCGUAGCGGGUAUGUACACGAUCAACAAGAUCAGUCCAAAACCCACCACUGGAAAUCCAUGGUUGGCAGAAUGUUUGUAAACUAAGUGUACAAAUUAAAAACAUAAAAUAACGCCACUAAGUGUACAAAUUAAAAACAUAAGAUAACGCCACACUGCAGGUCGCAACAGAGACGCUGCUACCUGCUAUUUUCUUAGUUACGUUCAUGGUUACGUUACGUAUGACGAAAGCGCGUAAGUGCAAGCCCUCAGAAACCCAUAGAGAUUGUAUUGAAAGCUCUGAAAUUUGAAAAAAAUAGAUUUUACAUGGGAGUCUAUGACAGACUUCUGGGCGAUUUUCAACCUGACUGAAAUCGCCCCAAAAGGGGGGGGGGCCAUUUGAAGCACGACUUUAGCCUGAUUGGACAUUUAGUGGCAGUCAGAUCAGAUUAGAACACUGAUAACUACUGUUGCCGUGAUAUAAUUGAUUAGAAAAAAAAUCCCUUCCUUUUCCCGUUUGGCAGUGCGUCGCCCAUAUCGCCCUAUUGAACACACCGCCCCUGCAGUUACUACGUUAAAACUAGUUAACCAAGAGAGGAGAUGACACUAAGAUUAUCUAGGGACAUGAGUAAUGUUCGUUUCCAUAAUUUCUGGUUUUCAACACUGUCUUGGUUAUGAUUUUGGGUGUUUUCUUUUAGAAUAUUUAUUCUAAGUUACAUGAUAUUCCCCAUGGGGGACUUGUACUUACUUAUUUUGUAAUGGUUCUCUUUUCUCAUUUAUUGACAUGAUUUUGCAUGGAUUACUGUGUUACGUAUGCAUUGAUCUCAUACGGUGUAACAGUUUGAUUUGGGUGUUUGUUUUCUUUCAUCUUUGUUCAAUGCCAUUGUGUGUUUCUAUGUGUUUCUUUUGUGUCUGAACAGAACCAUUUGGACAGAAUGCAGGUAUUUAUGUUUCCUACCCUGAAACAUCUAGAUCCCCAGUGUUCUUCAUCUCCAUGGUCACAUCCAUCCUAUAACCUUUAAAUAGUCUUAGUGAAACACUUAGGCUCUAAUUCACAUUAGUGCAUAUGUUAUAUAAGGUAUGGUAAUUAGGCAAUCAUACGUACUAAUAUUGAAUUCAAUUGAAUUAUCAGAUGAACAGAGCCCAGUGCCGGUACUGCAUCACACUAUAGAUCCUCUUUUGCCUUAGAUCCUCUGUACUCCAGUCCAAGGUUGUGUCCUAAAUAGCAUCCUAUUCCCUAUAUCCCUCAAACUCAACUCUGGACCUCGAAGCCAGUUCCACUGCGUUUUUUAAUUGUUCCCCUCUAAUCAGGUACUGAUUUAGACCUGGGACACCAGGUGGGUGCAAUUAAUGAUCAGGUAGAACCUAAAACCAGCAGGCUCCGGACCUCGUAGGGUCAGAGUUAAAUACCCCUGUCCUAUAUAGCGCACUACUUAUGACCAGGGCCCAUACGGCUCUGGUCAAAAUUAGUGCACUGUAUAGUAGUGCACUAUAUAGGGAAUAGGGUGCCAUUUUAGACGAAUACCAGAUGUCCUAUAACAUCCAAGCACAUUUGAUUUCCUUGUUUCCUUUUAAAACCAAGCAGACCAAAGUAGUGGCUGUUCGUUCAUCCUCAGUUACUGUAUCUCAGCCCAUCUUGCAGCCGAGUGUUCUGACUCUGACUUUAGUUUUAUCGCUGGGUGAAACCAACUUUCCUCGUGGCUAAGACCCUGGCUUGUCUUAUCUCUUACCCAGCAGGCCAUGGUGUUUCAGCCUUGUAGCUUUCAGAGAAAACCCAACGGUUGUUAACUCAAGGCUCUAAUCGGCAUCUCAGAGCUGCUUAGAUAAUGUCUUUAAUGUACAUACUUUUAUAAGCCUCUUAACUCAUUGCACUGCUUGUCUUUUGUUAUCAAAGUGUGGCAGUGUUGCACAGCCUCUUCUUCCAGAUCAUUUGAUUACUUGGCAGGCAGUGUUUUUGAUAUGAAUGAGCUGUUCUAAGCUAGAAAUGGCUCUUUUGAGAUCCUGUGCUGUAAUUGGUUCGGCUUGCGAUCUGCAGCAACAGUAAAGGAUUUAAGCCAUUGAUUAGUUUAACUCAUAUCCAUGUAGUGGUAUAUUACUAACAUGUUAUUAACAUAAAACAUGCAUUGCUUUGCAAUAUACUGUAUCCCGUUCUAAAGAUUUGCUACAUAGGAACACAGAAACCCUCCUUCCAGUGACCGUUUGUGUCUAUCUCUCUCUCCUCCACACAUCCCUGUCUACGGAAGGUCAAGGUUCACGACCUGGAGCAGAAAUGCAGGUCACAGACUGAACAGUUCGGCCAGCUGUCCAAGGACCUGGAAGAUUUCCGUCUGGAGGCGGAUACUGUAGACAUCCUCAGCACUGAGCCUUUCUACAAACACAACGUUCCCCUUCACCCGGAAAAUAAACUCUCCCAAAUCCUCAACGGACUGGCAGCCCAGGCAGGGAAAGGUGAGAGCUUCCAACUCCCAAUCCUGCCCUCUGUGAGAAAAUUAUGGUGUCAGAAGACAUAGAUAUGAAGCAGAAAAGUGCCUAGCACUAGAGAAUAAAAGUACAUACAUCAUGCCUGGCAUUUGAUUCAAACAGUGUAUCUCAUCAAUCAAGACCAAAAGACAGUUCUGAAAGUCUAUGUGCAGACCCAUGUUUGUGCUCCAGACGACGAGGCUCUCAGUCAGUCAUUAUGCCUGUGUAAUUAAUUAAUUCAUAAUGGAACGAGACAGUAAUUUAAUCUAGUUGUCACAACAAUGACCUUUGCCAGAACCCUGUGGGGUGAGGUUGGGAGAGUGGGAGAUAGAGAGGGAAAGUUGGCAACUAAACUGGCUGGUGUGAGUCACAGUAAGGCCCCGCUUUUCUCUUCAGUCCAUCUCAACAGAACAGGCUUCAAGGCCAGUCUGGAUCACUGGAAAUGGAAGAAAUAUAGCUUUAUUCAUGAUCAAUAACAGAGCUCAUUGAUCAGAGGGCUAAUACUGUAUAUUACAUCUGCUAAUGAGAGCCAACACAUUAGUAUUCUAACCCCACAUACUGUAACCUGCCAGUUGAACACACAGCAGAAUCAUUGAUGCAAAUACCGUAGAUUAGAAGCCUCUGAGAUACUGCUCUAGAUAUCCUCUUCUCUUGCUUUACUGCAGUGAGAAUGCUACUGUACGGUUGUAAUCUGGUAGCAUGAUGAACCAAAUUCAACCACCAAGAAUUAGAAUUGUAUCUUUUUGUCUAAGAUGGGAAAUUACCUAGGCUUGGCUUUGUGUAGGGGUGUGGCUGGUAGAACUCUGUGAUGGCGGUGUCCUGUUCCGUGUCAGUUGUGUCUUUAGAGAGUAGAGAGCGUGUUAAGCGUCAGGGAAAUGCCUUGCAGAUGUGUCAGGCAGAGAGCAGAGCCAGGUCCUGGCCAUAAAGAGUGUUUGCUGUGUACUCCCCUGAACAGGAAAUCAAUAGCUGUGCCAUGAAUGAGAGCAGAAGGAAUGACAGAUGCUCUUUAUUUGGUGUGGAAAUCGAUGUUUCCCAGGCGAUGAGAGCUCGGCAAACACUCGGCUGAUAUCCAAGUUCCUCCGCCCACUGCAGAUCGGAGACAGAGACAGGCCGGAGCUGCUGUCUGUCAAUCCCACCGCCGUGACAACGAGCCGCCCCAGCAUCCCGCGACGGGCGACCCCCUCAGAGGUGGGUCCCGCCCUCUCUUCUCUUCUCAUACAGAGACAAAGUCCCAAUGCUAAAGCAUGAGGGUGCUUUAUCUCUGCUCUUAUCAAGAGAUGGGCUGUUCAUGGACCAGCUGUAUACUAGCACUUGAUUGCCGUCAGCUGAGCUAUAGCUGUAAAACCAAUUGGUUUAGCACCAGAAAGCAACAUGACUCUCCUGUGGCAACUGUCAGACAGUAGAACUAGACAGUAUAAGAGUGCUGGGAAGUUAUUCUCUGUCAGAUCAGUAAUUCCUCUGGAGACAUGAUUAUGAGUGGCUAUGAUCAUGAGCAAAGCCAUUGUGUUUGAAUUGGUUUCACCUCAACGGAUCAGAGUUAUGGUAUUUAGAUGCAACUCUGUGAUUGCUGCCCUGUCCCUGUGUUUCCCAAGAUGGAGGAUGAGAUCCGCCGUGCGCCCAGGUCCAAGCCUCGCUAUACUGGCACAGUCCGUCUAUGCACUGCCCGCUACAGGUGAGACCAGUGGGACUGUUCAGUCUGUCACACAACACCUGGGAAAGCUGAAUCACGCAUAGCUCUGGUCCAGGGUGUUGCGUGCGGCUUGCUGACAAUGAGGAGCGCCAGCAAUCAGCACAUAACGCUCUGGACCAGUGCUAGAUCACUUAGUACCUCCACAUGCACAUCAGAAGCCCUAUUUUCUCCAAAAAUAUAUUGUAGUAUAUAUUGUAGUCAGGAGCACAUCUAUGUUGAACCGUCCUCUCUCUUGUUGUGUAGUUACAACCCUUACGAUGGACCUAAUGAGCACCCAGAGGCAGAGCUCCCCCUGGUGGCUGGGAAGUACCUGUAUGUGUACGGCACGAUGGAUGACGAUGGCUUCUACGAAGGUGAGAGUGAAUCCAGGGUUACUACACACACACACUUCACCACUAGCAUCAGUAGCAAAAUAUGCAAUCUCAUUAGCAUUAUGAAGGCUUUUCCAUCCAUGGCUACGUUAAUCCUCUUAGCAUCCCUGGCCCAGAUUUCAGCCUGCUUCAGCAGCUCUGGUGAGUCAUCACUAGCAGCCAUGGGUGGUGGUGGUGGUGGGUGAGAUUGCCUAGCAUUAGCCUAGCUCCUGCCUGCCUGCCUGGCUGCUUAGAGGUGGAUGAGGUUUGUAUUUACCACAGGGAUACUGAGGCUCAGACCAAGCUGUUGUCAAGAUGCAGCCUGAGCCCCGUAGCUAGACGCCUAAUCCAGCAACAGGGCUCUGAUUAAUCACAGACAUAUUCCCCUGCAGACCAGAGCCAGCUAGGGCCUCCCAGCCUCUCUACUGUACUGACUGGAAUGAUGAGAUAGAGAGGGAGAGGGAGAGGACAGUUAGGCUGUCUUUGAAAAGCAAGUACAGUGCUGAUGAGAAAGGUUGGUGGUCACUAUAGUGAAUUGGGUGCCAUUUCAGAUGCAUCCUCUCCACUGUGCAGGAAUCGUUUUUUUAACCCCCUGUACUUCCUGGAGAAAUUGAUGACAUCAUAUCCUUAUCCUUCCUUCUGAUUCGAGAGAAAAGUCCCAACCUUGGGGGACGGGCACCACAGGGUCUCUUUCCACACCAGUAGUACUCACACUCACAGAUCACACUUCCAUUGAGUCACGAGGGCUUUCGUCAUUAUUUUUCGUUCUCUUUUUUCACUAAUGAGAUGGUCUAUUUUUAGCUGAUGGUAACAUUUGCAGCAGGCAUCAUUAAAGGCUUGAGCGUUCCAUAGAUUCCCCAUGAGACAGCAGUGCGUGACUGGUCUUUACCAUCAGGCUGCUGUGUGUCAGAACAGAACAGAACAGGGUUCCUGGAAGGUGUCACUGUGUCUGCCUGAAUAAUCACUCAAUUAAAUCUUCACAGCCAGCUAAUCCUGAGUGAUAUUACAUGUUGCUGACAACUGAAAUAUCCAUAUUCUGCUUAACUCUUUUGAUCUCGUCUUUACAUACCUCAUUUCCAUUUAAAUAUAUUAGACAUUCCUCUAUACAUUCUAAAGGUACUUUUUUCAUUGAAUUAUUUGGAAUAUAUGUUUUGGGACGAGAUUAAUAGAGGAAUUUGCAGAAGACAUGAGUUGACAUGGUUGUGAGUUUGUAUUUUGUUGAUAAUAAAGUAAGCAUCUCUGUCUGUCUCUGUCAAUAUGUGCUCCAGGGGAGCUGCUAGAUGGCCAGCGAGGUCUGGUCCCCUCCAACUUCGUGGAGUUUGUCCAAGACAAGGAGAAACCAUCCAUCCAGCCAGGGGACGCAGGGGAGGACCUGGGCUCUCUGGACCAUACCACCCUGGGCCUGAUGGGGGUGGAUGGAGGGGCCCCUCAGGAUGGGCUACUGGGCUCCACCAACCCCCUGGGCCCCUGCAGCAAUGGCACAGGGCCCCUGGACCCUGAGGAUCUGGCUGAUGACAUUGUGCCUUACCCCAGGAGGAUCACCCUAAUCAAGCAGUUGGCCCGUAGCGUCAUUGUGGCCUGGGAGCCCCCCAUGUUGCCCCUGGGCUGGGGAAACAUCAGCUGCUACAACGUGCUGGUGGAUGGCGAGGUGCGUGCCAGCGUGCCCUACGGGGGCAGGACCAAGUCUUUGUUGGAGAAGCUGGAUCUGGACACCUAUACGCACCGCGUAUCUGUGCAAAGUGUGACAGACAGGGGCCUGUCGGACGAGCUGCGCUGCACCCUGAUGGUGGGAGCCAACGUGGUGGUGGCGCCAUACGGCCUGCGUGUGGACGACAUCCUGCGCGACUCGGCCGAGCUUUCCUGGUUGCCCAGCAACAGUAACUAUGGGCACACGGUGUUCCUGGACGGGGUGGAGCAUGCGGUGGUGCGGCCAGGGAGUUACAGGCUGCGCUUCGUCAACCUCAAGGCCAUGACAGUGUACAAGGUGAGGGUGGUGGCCCGGCCACACCAGGUGCCAUGGCAACUGCUCAUGGAGCAGAGGGAGAAGAAGGAGACUGCUGUCGAGUUCUGCACACAAGCUGCUGGUGAGGCUUGGUUUGCUCUUUUCUUAAGUCUAACUGGUUCUUUUGUUCAACAUAUGUUAUAUGUUAUUUUGUCCAAUACAUUGUUUUUCUGUCAUCUAUUAUGUGUUAUGGAAAGGUUGGAUAAAAGUCCAUUGGGUUAUUUGUUAGAUAUAGACCAUUAAGAUAGAAAGAUACAGUGCCUUGCAAAAGUAUUCAUCCCCUUGGAGUUUUUCCUAUUUUGUUGCAUUACAACCUGUAACUUAACUUGAUUUUUAUUUGGAAUUCAUGUAAUGGACAUACACAAAAUAGUCAGAAUUGGUGAAGUGAAAUCAAAAAAAUUACUUGUUUCAAAAAUUUCAAAAAAAUUAAUAACAGAACAGUGGUGCGUGCAUAUGUAUUCACCCACUUAGCUAUGAAGCCCCUAAAUAAGAUCUGGUGCAACCAAUUACCUUCAGAAGUCACAUAAUUAGUUAAAUAAAGUCCAUCUGUGUGCAAUCUAAGUGUCACAUGAUCUCAGUAUAUAUACACCUGUUCUGAAAGGCCUCAGAGUCUGCAACACCACUAAGCAAGGGGCACCACCAAGCAAGCGGCACCAUGAAGACCAAGGAGCUCUCCAAACAGGUAAUGGACAAAGUUGUGGAGAAGUACAGAUCAGGGUUGGGUAAUAAGAAAAUAUCAGAAACUUUGAACAUCCCAUGGAGCACCAUUAAAUCCAUUAUUAAAAAAUGGAAAGAAUAUGGCACCACAACAAACCUGCCAAGAGAGAGCUGCCCACCAAAACUCAUGGACCAGGCAAGGAGGGCAUUAAUCAGAGAGGCAACAAAGAGACCAAAGAUAACCCUGAAGGAGCUGCAAAGCUCCACAGUGGAGAUUGGAGUAUCUGUCCAUAGGACCACUUUAAGCCAUACACUCCACAGAGCUGGGCUUUACGGAAGAGUGGCCAGAAAAAAGCCAUUGCUUCAAGAAAGAAAUAAGCAAACACGUUUGCCAAAAGGCAUGUGGGAGACUCCCCAAACAUAUGGAAGAAGGUACUCUGGUCAGAUCAGACUCAAAUUGAGCUUUUUGGCCAUCAAGGAGAACACCAUCCCCACAGUGAAGCAUGGUGGCAGCAUCAUGCUGUGGGGAUGUUUUUCAUCGGCAGGGACUGGGAAACUGGUCAGAAUUGAAGGAAUGAUGGAUGGCGCUAAAUGCAGGGAAAUUCUUGAGGGAAACCUGUUUCAGUCUUCCAGAGAUUUGAGACUGGGACGGAGGUUCACCUUCCAGCAGGACAAUGACCCUAAGCAUACUGCUAAAGCAACACUUGAGUGGUUUAAGGGGAACAUUUAAAUGUCUUGGAAUGGCCUAGUCAAAGCCCAGACCUCAGUCCAAUUGAGAAUCUGUGGUAUGUCUGAAAGAUUGCUGUACACCAGCGGAACCCAUCCAACUUGAAGGAGCUGGAUCAGUUUUGCCUUGAAGAAUGGGCAGAAAUCCCAGUGGCUAGAUGUGCCAAGCUUAUAGAGACAUAACCCCAAGAGACUUGCAGCUGUAAUUGCUGCAAAAGGUGGCUCUACAAAGUAUUGACUUUGGGGGGGGGUGAAUAGUUUGCUUGCUUUUUUGUCUUAUUUCUUGUUUGUUUCACAAUAAAAAAUAUUUUGCAUCUUCAAAGUGGUAGGCAUGUUGUGUAAAUCAAAUGAUACAAACCCCCCAAAAAUCCAUUUUAAUUCCAGGUUGUAAGGCAACAAAAUAGGAAAAAUGCCAAGGGGGGUGAAUACUUUGGUAAGCCACUGUAACUCAUGUCUUUACCCGUGCUAUGUAUGUCUGUUAUGCUUUGUCCAGGUCCUGGACCAUAUUCCAGAUCAGGUCAGAAUGAAGACCAGUUUGGUUAUGGGAAAAGUAGGAAGUAGCUUUUGAUUGGCAUGGGCAACUGACACGUUGAAUGAAAAGAAGCUAACAGCACUUUAAAACCUAAGACACUAUUAUGAGUAACUUCCUCAGCUUUUCCCCGCCAUUGGCUCAAUGCUAAUAUACAUGAUAAAUUAAGAGUACAUCCCAUAUACAGUGGGGAAAAAAAGUAUUUAGUCAGCCACCAAUUGUGCAAGUUCUCCCACUUAAAAAAAUGAGAGAGGCCUGUAAUUUUCAUCAUAGGUACACGUCAACUAUGACAGACAAAUUGAUGAAAAAAAAUCCAGAAAAUCACAUUGUAGGAUUUUUUAUGAAUUUAUUUGCAAAUUAUGGUGGAAAAUAAGUAUUUGGUCACCUACAAACAAGCAAGAUUUCUGGCUCUCACAGACCUGUAACUUCUUCUUUAAGAGGCUCCUCUGUCCUCCACUCGUUACCUGUAUUAAUGGCACCUGUUUGAACUUGUUAUCAGUAUAAAAUACACCUGUCCACAACCUCAAACAGUCACACUCCAAACUCCACUAUGGCCAAGACCAAAGAGCUGUCAAAGGACACCAGAAACUAAAUUGUAGACCUGCACCAGGCUGGGAAGACUGAAUCUGCAAUAGGUAAGCAGCUUGGUUUGAAGAAAUCAACUGUGGGAGCAAUUAUUAGGAAAUGGAAGACAUACAAGACCACUGAUAAUCUCCCUCGAUCUGGGGCUCCACGCAAGAUCUCACCCUGUGGGGUCAAAAUGAUCACAAGAACGGUGAGCAAAAAUCCCAGAACAACACGGGGGGACCUAGUGAAUGACCUGCAGAGAGCUGGGACCAAAGUAACAAAGCCUACCAUCAGUAACACACUAUGCCGCCAGGGACUCAAAUCCUGCAGUGCAAGACGUGUCCCCCUGCUUAAGCCAGUACAUGUCCAGGCCCGUCUGAAGUUUGCUAGAGUGCAUUUGGAUGAUCCAGAAGAGGAUUGGGAGAAUGUCAUAUGGUCAGAUGAAACCAAAAUAUAACUUUUUGGUAAAAACUCAACUCGUCGUGUUUGGAGGACAAAGAAUGCUGAGUUGCAUCCAAAGAACACCAUACCUACUGUGAAGCAUGGGGGUGGAAACAUCAUGCUUUGGGGCUGUUUUUCUGCAAAGGGACCAGGACGACUGAUCCGUGUAAAGGAAAGAAUGAAUGGGGCCAUGUAUCGUGAGAUUUUGAGUGAAAACCUCCUUCCAUCAGCAAGGGCAUUGAAGAUGAAACGUGGCUGGGUCUUUCAGCAUGACAAUGAUCCCAAACACACUGCCCGGGCAACGAAGGAGUGGCUUCGUAAGAAGCAUUUCAAGGUCCUGGAGUGGCCUAGCCAGUCUCCAGAUCUCAACCCCAUAGAAAAUCUUUGGAGGGAGUUGAAAGUCUGUGUUGCCCAGCGACAGCCCCAAAACAUCACUGCUCUAGAGGAGAUCUGCAUGGAGGAAUGGGCCAAAAUACCAGCAACAGUGUGUGAAAACCUUGUGAAGACUUACAGAAAACAUUUGACCUGUGUCAUUGCCAACAAAGGGUAUAUAACAAAGUAUUGAGAAACUUUUGUUAUUGACCAAAUACUUAUUUUCCACCAUAAUUUGCAAAUAAAUUCAUUAAAAAUCCUACAAUGUGAUUUUCUGGAUUUUUUUUUCUCAUUUUGUCUGUCAUAGUUGACGUGUACCUAUGAUGAAAAUUACAGGCCUCUCUCAUCUUUUUAAGUGGGAGAACUUGCACAAUUGGUGGCUGACUAAAUACUUUUUUUCCCCACUGUACAGUGAGGGAAAAAAGUAUUUGAUCCCCUGCUGAUUGUGUACGUUUGCCCACUGACAAAGAAAUGAUCAGUCUAUAAUUUUAAUGGUAGGUUUAUUGGAACAGUGAGAGACAGAAUAACAACAAAAAAAUCCAGAAAAACGUAUGUCAAAAAUGUUAUAAAUUGAUUUGCAUUUUAAUGAGGGAAAUAAGUAUUUGACCCACUCUCCAUCAGAAAGAUUUCUGACUCCCAGGUGUCUUUUAUACAGGUAACGAGCUGAGAUUAGGAGCACACUCUUAAAGGGAGUGCUCCUAAUCUCAGUUUGUUACCUGUAUAAAAGACACCUGUCCACAGAAGCAAUCAAUCAAUCAGAUUCCAAACUCUCCACCAUGGCCAAGACCAAAGAGCUCUCCAAGGAUGUCAGGGACAAGAUUGUAGACCUACACAAGGCUGGAAUGGGCUACAAGACCAUCGCCAAGCAGCUUGGUGAGAAGGUGACAACAGUUGGUGUGAUUAUUCGCAAAUGGAAGAAACACAAAAGACCUGUCAAUCUCCCUCAACCUGGGGCUCCAUGCAAGAUCUCACCUCGUGGAGUUGCAAUGAUCAUGAGAACGGUGAGGAAUCAGCCCAGAACUACACAGGAGGAUCUUGUCAAUGAUCUCAAGGCAGCUGGGACCAUAGUCACCAAGAAAAGCAAUUGGUAACACACUACGCUGUGAAGGACUGAAAUCCUGCAGCGCCCGCAAGGUCCCCCUGCUCAAGAAAGCACAUAUACAGGCCCGUCUGAAGUUUGCCACUGAACAUCUGAAUGAUUCAGAGGAGAACUGGGUGAAAGUGUUGUGGUCAGAUGAGACCAAAAUUGAGCUCUUUGGCAUCAACUCAACUCGCCGUGUUUGGAGGAGGAGGAAUGCUGCCUAUGACCCCAAGAACACAUUUACAUCAUUUAGCAGACGCUCUUAUCCUUAUGAUAGCCAGUGGGACAACCACUUUUUCUUUUUUUUAAUGGGGGGUGGGGGGGUGUAGAAGGAUUACUUUAUACUAUUCCAGGUAUUCCUUAAAGAGGUAGGGUUUCAAGUGUCUCCGGAAGGUGGUCAGUGACUCCGCUGUCCUGGCGUCGUGGGGGAGCUUGUUCCACCAUUGGGGUGCCAGAGCAGCGAAUAGCUUUGACUGGGCUGAGCGGGAACUGUGCUUUCGUAGAGGUAGGGGAGCUAGCAGGCCAGAGGUGGAUGAACGUAGUGCCCUCAUUUGGGUGUAGGGUCUGAUCAGAGCCUGAAGGUAAGGAGGUGCCGUUCCCCUCACAGCUCCGUAGGCAAGCACCAUGGUCUUGUAGUAGAUGCGAGCUUCAACUGGAAGCCAGUGGAGUGUGCGGAGGAGCGAGGUGACAUCCCCACCGUCAAACAUGGAGGUGGAAACAUUAUGCUUUGUGGGUGUUUUUCUGCUAAGGGGACAGGACAACUUCACCGCAUCAAAGGGACGAUGGACGGGGCCAUGUACCAUCAAAUCUUGGGUGAGAACCUCCUUCCCUCAGCCAGGGCAUUGAAAAUGGGUCGUGGAUGGGUAUUCCAGCAUGACAAUGACCCAAAAAACACGGCCAACGCAACAAAGGAGUGGCUCAAGAAGAAGCACAUUAAGGUCCUGGAGUUGCCUAGCCAGUCUCCAGACCUUAAUCCCAUAGAAAAUCUGUGGAGGGAGCUGAAGGUUCGAGUUGCCAAACGUCAGCCUCGAAACCUUAAUGACUUGGAGAAGAUCUGCAAAGAGGAGUGGGACAAAAUCCCUCCUGAGAUGUGUGCAAACCUGGUGGCCAACUACAAGAAACGUCUGACCUCUGUGAUUGCCAACAAGGGUUUUGCCACCAAGUACUAAGUCAUGUUUUGCAGAGGGGUCAAAUACUUAUUUCCCUCAUUAAAAUGCAAAUCAAUUUAUAACAUUUUUGACAUGUGUUUUUCUGGAUUUUGUUGUUGUUAUUCUGUCUCCACUGUUCAAAUAAACCUACCAUUAAAAUUAUAGACUGAUCAUGUCUUUGUCAGUGGGCAAACGUACAAAACCAGCAGGGGAUCAAAUACUUUUUUCCCUCACUGUAGCCCCCUAUUCCCUAUAUAGUCCACUAGUUUUAACCAGAGCCCUGGUCAAAAGUAGUAGACUAUAUAGGGAAUCAGUUGCCAUUUGGGACACAACCUAAAGCUGCUGAAGUAACUCCCUCCCACUCUAUCCUUAACUGAGAUGACCACAUCAGUAUCUGUGUGCAUUUCCCUCUGCCUGAGCUGUGACAUCACUGUGACGUCCUGCAUGGUGUACCCAGUGAACCAGGAGAGAACAGGCUGUACUUAUUCAACUCACACUGACACCUCUCACACACAACACACACACAGACACACACAUAGACAGACACACAUAGACAGACUAUACAGACGGUCGGGCACACAGACCAAUGCACACACGCACACACACACAAACAUGUACACACACACACACACACACACACACACACACACACACACACACACACACACACACACACACACACACACACACACACACACACACACACUCAUGCUUUCAGGUGGCCUUGGGCCACCCUCUGUUCCUUUUAGCCUUCUACUUCCAAUAUUUUCAAAAGCAGAGCAUCUCUUUAUUACGGACAGACCUCUCCUCAUCUUUACAACCAUUGAAUCUAUAUGUUUUGACCAUGAUAGUUUACAAUAUAAGGUAAUGCCAAUUUAAUUGGUGUAUGCAACCAAAAUUGGGAAAGGGAACUGUUUUGUGUAUCAUAGACAUGUCACAAUCAUGUAAUUCACAACAGAAAGCAAGUUAACAGCACUUGGUGUCCCAUGAAUGCUACAAUCACCUCCACUCCCUCCCUGUUUGUGUGUGUUAAACCUGUGUAGACAGUAUCUAAUUUUUCAUCCCCCCUCCAGGCCCCCCAUUACCCCCUCAGGAGGUGCAGGUGCAGUGUGGCCAGGCCCCGGGGGUCCUGCAAGUGCGCUGGAAGCCCCCCGUCCUCUCACCCACCGGAACCUCCAAUGGAGCCAGCGUCAUCGGAUAUGCAGUCUGCACUAAAGGACAGAGGGUGAGUGAGAGAGUGGGUGGUUGAGAGAGUGUGCACUGAAGGUCAGAUGGUGAGUGAGAAAGUGGGUGAGUGUGUGCACUAAGGGACAGAGAGUGAGUCAGUAACUGUGUGCCAAAGGACAGCAGGUGAGUAAGGGUAUACCCUAAGUGACAAAGAAGUGAGGGAGAAAGUAUGCACUAUGUGAGAGUGAGUGAACCACAGUGUCAGAGUAUAUGAUGUAUGUGUGUAAUUGUGCCAUUACAUCACUGCUGGCUUCAGUGCUCAGCAGUGCCACCUAGGCAUCUCCUACUGUCAGUGCUAGUAUUCCACAGUGCCUUCAGAAAGUAUUGACACCCCUUUACUUUUUCCACAUUUUGUUGUGUUGUAGCCUGAAUUUGAUUAAAUUGAGAUGUUGUGCCACUUAUCUACACACAAUACCCCACAAUGUCAAAGCGGAAUUAUGUUUUUAGAAAUGUUUACAAAUGUAAUUAAAAAUGAAAAGCUGAAAUGUCUUGAGUCAAUAAGAAUUCAAAUCCUUUGUUAUGGUAAGCCUAAAUAAGUUCAGGAGUAAAGAUGUGCUUAACAAGUCACAUAGUAAGUUGCAUGGACUCACUCUGUGAGCAAUAAUAGUGUUUAACAUGAUUUUUGAAUGACUACCCCAUCUCUGUACCCCACACAUACAAUUAUCUGUAAGGUCCCUCAGUCGAGUAGUUAAUUUCAAGCACAGAUUCAACCACAAAGACCAGGGAGGUUUCCAAUGCCACGCAAAGAAGGGCACCGAUUGGUUAUCCCUUUGAGCAUGAUGAAGUUAAUAAUUACGCUUUGGAUGGUGUAGCAAUACACCCAGUCACUACAAAUAUACAGGCGUCCUUCCUAGCUCAGUUGCCGGAGAGGAAGGAAACCGCUCAGGGAUUUCACCAUGAGACCUAUGGUGAUUUUAAAACAGUUACAGAGUUUAAUGGCUGUGAUAGGAGAAAACUGAGGAUGGAUCAAUAACAUUGUAGUUACUCCACAAUACUAACCUAAACGAAUUAAAAAUAUUCCAAAACAUGCAUCCUGUUUGUAAUAAGGCACUAAAGUAAUACUGCAAAAAAUGUGGCAGAGAAAUUCACUUUUUGUCCUAAAUACAAAGCAUUAUGUUUGAGGCAAAUCCAACACAACACAUCACUGAGAACCACUCUUCAUAUUUUCAAGAAUGGUGGUGGCUGCAUCAUGUUAUGGAUAUGCUCGUCAUCGGCAAGGAUUAGGGAGUUUUUUUAGGGUAAAAAUAAACUGAAUAGAGCUAAGCACAACCAAAAUUCUAGAGGAAAACCUGGUUCAGUCUGCUUUCCGCCAGACACUGGGAGACAAAUUCACCUUUCAGCAGGGCAAUAACCUAAAACUCAAGGUCAAAUAUACACUGGAGUUGCUUACCAAUUUUUGUAUUUAGUAUUUUAUUAGGAUCCCCAAUUAACUGUUGCCAAGGCAGCGGCUACUCUUCCUGAGGUCCAAACAGGAAACAAAACAGAACAAAUAAAAUACAUAAAAUAAGUAACACUACAUAAUACAAUACAUAAUACAACACAAAAUAUACUGAACCAAAAUAUAAACGCAACAUGUAAAGUGUUGGUCCCAUGUUUCAUGAGGUGAAAUAAAAGAUCCCAGAAAUGUUCCAUACUCACAAAAAGCUUAUUUCUCUCCAAUUCUGUGCACUCAUUUGUUUACAUCCCUGUUAGUGAGCAUUUCUCCGUUGUCACGAUAAUCCAUCCACCUGACAGGUGUGGCAUAUCUAGAAGCACAGACCACGUGUAGUUAUUUUGUGGGGAAAUACUCAUUCUGAUUGGCUGGGCCUGGCUCCCCAGUGGGCCUGGCCUAUGCCCUCCAAGGCCCACCCAUAAUAAUAAUAAUAAUAAUAAUAAUAAUAAUAAUAAUAAUAAUAAUAUGCCAUUUAUCAGACGCUUUUAUCCAAAGCGACUUACAGUCAUGUGUGCAUACAUUUUUACGUAUGGGUGGACCCGGGGAUCGAACCCACUACCCUGGCGUUACAAGCGCCAUGCUCUACCAAUUGAGCUACAGAGGACCACCCAUGGCUGCACCCCUUCCCAGUCAUGUGAAAUCAAUAUAUUAGGACAUAAUGAAUUUAUUUUAAUUGACUGAUUUCCUUAUAUGAACUGUAACUCAGUAAAAUCUAUGAAAUUGUUGCAUGUUGCGUUUAUAUUUUUGUUCAGUAUACAAGGGCCUGUGAAAACACUAGAAAGCAAUCUCACUCCCUCUGCUGGUGAAAAUAAUUAUUGACAACCUCCCUUUGUAGGGUCUGUGUUAGGUAAACUGUGUCUAUACUAGUGGACGUUGCUCUGAAUUUAAGAGCAAUACAGGUGAAAAGCAGUUGAAAGGAAUACAACAAUUAAUUCAAUGUCAACUGUAUCCAACCCGAGUUAUGUGUGCUGUGCUUCCUGUCAGAUAGCGGAGGUGUUGUACCCCCUGGCUGACUAUGUGACAGUGGAGCUGAACAGGAUCCAGUGUCUGGAGGCCAGGGAGGUCAUCGUCAGGACAUUGUCAGCACAGGGAGAGUCCCAGGACUCCCACGUCGCCCCCAUUCCAAACAAUCUACUGGUGCCUCUUCCUCUUCCUCACCCUACCCCCCUGCCCCCUCCGCACCUACACGCAGGGCCCCCUCCACCUCACCCCCUUGCCCCCCCACCCCACCUCCAGUCACCUCAACUCCCCCACCCCCAACUACCCAUGCCUCACCCCCAGCCUCUCUCACCCCUGCCUCACGGACAACCCCUCCCUAACCACCCUCCUCACCCUCAGCCACACCUCCAACCCCUGCAACCUCAUCCUGUCUCCCAGCCUCAGGCUCACCUACAGCCUCACCCCCCUCACCCUGGUGGUCCUCCACAGCCCCUGCACCUCCAGUCUCACCAACCCCACCCAAUGCCCCAGCCCCAGCCCCAGCACCGCCUACCCCUGCUGCCCCACACACCCCCCCAGCUCCACCAGAGACCAGUUAGUGCCAGAGACCUGGAAGCCAAAGAGCAGGUGGCCCACCAUGGGGGCGUCCCCAGCCAGCCCUGGGACCCUGCCCGAUCCCCCUCCGCCCAGGCUCCUCCUGCCCCCAUGCACGGGCACACCCUGGAGGCGCCCCCCUCUGCUAACCGGCGCUCGCCCUCCCCCCAGAGGAUCCUGCCCCAGCCCAGGGGCACCCCCAUCCCAGACCAAAUGGCCAAAGCCAUCGCCCGCAAGGCAGCACAGAGGGUGGCUGCAGAGAGUGGCAGAGUGAGUCAUUCAUACAUAAAGUCAAUCAAUGAUACCUUGGUUAAAGCUCUAGUCUGAUAAUUUUUCUGUUGAAUUAAAUUACACAUAUCUCCCUAUGGGUUGGGUUAGAUGGAGAGGAGAGUCGUCUACAACGAGCAGGGUCAGGCCUUCCACCAACAGAACUCAGAUGAGGAGGAGGAGGAUGAGGAAGGGUAUGGUUGCGGCCGCAUGAGACAAGGGGCCUCAGUGGAUGAGUUCCUCAGAGGGUCCGAGCUGGGCAGGCCGGUAAGACACUGAAUAAAAAGGAUCGAACAUACUCGCAUCCCAUAGUUUUGUGCAGGUGCAGGAAUAUCCUGAUAUGAUUUCACACCUUUUGUAUGUAUGUAUGUAUGUAUGUGUGUAUGUGUGUGUGUGUGUGUGUGUGUGUGUGUGUGUGUGUGUGUGUGUGUGUGUGUGUGUGUGUGUGUGUGUGUGUGUGUGUGUGUGUGUCAGGCCCACUACAGCCACAGUGAGGAGUACCAUAGUGAUAGCAGCCGGGGCUCUGACCUUUCUGACAUCAUGGAGGAGGAUGAGGAGGAGCUCUAUUCUGAGAUGCAGCUGGAGGAGGGACGACGACGCAACUCCCACAAUGCACUCAAGGUAGGAAUACCAAAGCUCAACAUUGAAAUGUUAAAAUUGAGUUUGGUUCUGAUUACCACUCGUUCAAUGGAAACAAGGAAGCAUGCGAACCCCUUUAUCACUGUUGGAUGAUAUGGCCCCUGUGUCGAGCCAUGUGUCUACAGUAGGAUCCUUUACUCUAUCUUGUUUGAUUGAUUGGCCUUCACAUUCUCAUUUAUUUGGAGCAAUGAUGGAAGUAAUUUUUGCUAGUUGUGGGAAUAUUAAGACCGUUUUUGUGUGAUCUUUUUAAGAUUGGGAACACCCUUUCAGGGGGUCGGCUGGAUCGGGAGACGGGGAGAAGAAUGCCCCGAGACGGUCCACAGCCCCAGAGACGCCCUCUCAUGGUGCCCUCUAUUGGUUAGUAGGGUCAUUGUAGUGACUCUGGGAAUUGUAGUGUUUUUGUGCUUUGAUGUUCUCUGUGCCCUAGUAGAUAUUCUGCUUCCUGUUUUAAUCCUCCAUGAGCUCCUCUGUUUCUACAGAUCACCUCUGUGUCUUUGAACCAUGCUCAUGCAUUCACAGUACUGACAGCUUACUUAUAGAGAUCAAUCAAUGUACAUGCAGUAUUAUCAGCUACUAGAAAGUUCCCUGGCUGAUAGGGUGACAAUGGACACAGACACAUAUGUCAAAUUUCAAUGAAUAUUCCAAUUAUAAAACUGCUUUUGAUGUCUCUGUUUUGGGCAGCGAUAUGUUAGGAUUAUCAAGGUUAUGAUGGGAAGAGACCUCAGAACGAACUAACCAAUGAGUUACCUGCGCGCUUUAACCACCACCAUCUGAUUGGUGUUUCCUAUAGAGAUAACCACAGAGAGUAACAGUGAUGGGAACCUCUCACCCGUCACGGAGGACGUUUACUAUGGCAGUGUAGCACGGCACAGGACAUGGUCGUCCCGCCGACACCCCACGGGCGCCAAGCCUUCCUAUAAUGGUACGUGCAGUGGUUUCUCCCUCGCUCCUCCGCCAAAGCACUGCCAAAAGGCACCAGUGCUAGUGAAGAGAAGAGUAGUGACACCAACGAGUGGCUUAACAUGCCUCAGAACACCUAGCAUGAUCCAAUGCACUGCACCAAAAUGGCGGCUCGCUGAGCCACACUGGGCCCAUGAUGGCCGCCCAAUGUUGCGGAUUGGAAUGACUGGUGCUCAGAGAAUGCUUUUCCCCUCCCUUGCUGAGCCACACUGGGCCCAUGAUGGCCACCCAAUGUUGCGGAUUGGAAUGACUGCUGCUCAGAGAAUGCUUCUCCCCUCCCUCCCUUGCACUGAACAUCAGAUGCCUGCUAAACCCCUCCCCCUCUCAAUCUAACCACCCCCACCACACCUUUACUGGGGUUACUAUGCAUGACUGGGUGGGAGGAGUCAUGGUUGCUGAAGACAAAAUUAUAUAGCAAUGCUGUCCUUGCUGAGCAAACUCAAUGACUGUUACAGAAAGUUAUAGUGAAAAUACAUAGAGAGACAAACGAAUUGACAAACUCUGUUCGGGAUUUCAUAUAUUUACUAUGCUGAUGGCCUGGUCUUAUUUUAUCGUUUCUAAGCAAGGGAUCAACUGAAGGACAGACAGAGAGUUGUCUUUGGACAAACUGUAGGCCCAUUGUACUUUAGAGGAGCAUAAUACAAUAGUCAGAUCACUACCUCAGGGUUCAGUAGUAUGCAUGCUUAACUCAGAGUCUUGUAGUCUAUGUGCUCGUUUCUGUGUGUGUGUUGCUGUGUGUCAUAGUGUUUUUGUCUAUGGUGUCUACCAUGUUCUUGUAACCCAUCACAUCUGGCUUGCUAUCCAAUCUCCAUCCAUGUGUAAAUGUAAAGUAUGUAACGCCUGAUAGCGCCAUAAGCUCAUACUGUAUGUGGUGUCAAAUGGAUGUACAUAACAUUAUAUACUUUUGUCUCUGUGCUGAUAAUGGGACCAAUUGAUGGAUUGACCACAGAAUUAUGCUAGCAUGCUACAAAAUGAAGUGUUGGUUUGACGAGACAAGCUCAAUCCAUUAUGUAGUACUGCAUGGUCAACUAAAUGGUUUUGCUCUCUCACUUGUCAGUCACUUGUAAACAUCGCAACUGUCUGUAUAUGCCUCUUCCCCUCAUUCAGUCCAUGCACAAUAGCAUGCGUAACAUGCCUCACUACUACGCACUAGUGUUACUGAGUGGCAAAAUUCAGUAAAAAUAUAUAUUUGUGUUUCUCAUGCUAUAUGAAUCUAGCAUUAAUGUAACUUAAUGUCAGAGUAACAUAAAGCCAUAGACUGUGACCCUAUGAGAUGCAGGUGGAUGUGUUCUUCUCUCUCUCCCGUGUUUAAGAGGGAUACAGGGACCGGGAACGCCGCUCCCCUCCUAACUACGAUGAGUCGGAACAAGAGGAAUCAUUCCGGAUCUUUGUGGCUCUGUUUGACUACGACCCCCUGUCCAUGUCUCCCAACCCGGACGCAGCAGAUGAGGAACUGCCCUUCAAAGAGGGCCAGAUCAUUAGGGUGGGUGUCACACACAGGGCUAGGCCAUAAGAGGAGAGAUAUUGUGCUUGUGUUUGAAAACUUUGAGGUACAAUAUAAAACAGCAUUGAAAAUAUAAUUUUAUUUCCCUAUCCCAUCUCUUUUGUCGCGCUUUCUCUCACUCUUUUCUUCUCUCUCUCUCUCUCUGUGUCUCUCUCUCUCUCUGUCUGUCUGUCUGUCUCUCUGUGUGUUCCAGGUAUAUGGUGAUAAGGACACAGAUGGUUUCUACCGAGGGGAGAUCAGGGGAGGCAGGAUAGGGCUCUUGCCCUGCAACAUGGUGUCAGAGAUCAGGGCUGAGGAUGAGCAGACCAUGGACCAGCUCAUCAAGCAGGGCUUCCUCCCGCUCAACACACCAGUGGAUAAAGUAGGAAUAGGUAAUCACAGAACUAGAAUGAGUAGAACAUACAUCCUCAUUCAAGUCAAUGAUUCCAUAAUGAGUGGACUGGCAGCCAUUUUGAUUGUACCCAUUUAUUAUUUUUCUAGGGGUGUUUUUGUAAAUUGUCUCCAGUGUGUCAGAGUGUGCUCUGGGUUCUUCGUAAAUUCAGAGCGUUGUCAGAUUGUCUGUUCGUAAAUUCAGAGCGUUUCGCUCUCGGCACGUUCAGAGCCCACACUGGUCGCUCUGGCCGAGGAGUAGGGUUGAUCCGAUCGUUCUGACCUCACAACGGCAGUCAAGCACACAAGCUUACUGGCUAAAGUUUGCUAGCUUGCUAGUUACUUCCAGACACAAAUGAGAGAACACCUCACUCUGACCAUUUUACUAGCCCUAGCAGAGCUGGUUAGGCUGUUUUCAUGUAAUCUAGAGCGUUAGUGACUGUAACUGUGCUGCUGGCAACAAUUUCAAUACUUUUUUUGCCGACCUUUACUGACACCGGUCAUUUUCAGCAGGUGUUGCACAUUCGUAAAUUCAUCAGUUAUUCUGCAUUCUGGCAUACUCAGACAAGAAUGGUCUGAAAUCGGAGUAGAUAGCUAGAGGGAAUUUACGAACGUACCCUAGGUAACAUACUGGGCAGGACACACGUAUCUCUCUAUGACAACACACACAUCUGUCACUAUAUCACCUCUUCUCCUGGCAUGUCCUCUUGUUUCCUCUCAUAGGGCAGGACAGACGAGGCUUCCGCCAGCACCAGGCCACCAGGAGGAUGGUGGCCCUCUACGACUAUGACCCCAGAGAGAGCUCCCCCAAUGUGGACGUGGAGGUAUUGCCACAGACCUACACACUGACACUGUACAUGUAACCAGAUAGACAGACAGUGUAAGGGUGUUAAUGACGUCUCUGUUUCUUGAUAGGCUGAGCUGACCUUCUGUGCUGGUGACAUCAUCGCUGUAUUUGGAGAGAUUGAUGAAGAUGGGUUCUACUAUGUGAGUAUGCCUCUUUUCUUGGUUCCAUGAUGUGACUAACUUAUUAUUAUUACACAGGGCCAUUCAAAGGUUGUUAAAGUCAGAGAUGUUUCAGUUCUUAAUUUUUUAAGAAAUGCCAUUGGAUGAAUCUGGCUCAUACACAUAUUAUGUCCUUUUGCCCAGGAGAGGGCUCUUUCCCUCAGGUUUGACCGCCAGAGUUCAGUUGGUCUAGCCAUGGUUCUCAUCACCACUGCCCCCUCCUCUCCUCUCUCUGCAGGGUGAAAUCAAUGGCCACCGCGGCCUCGUCCCCUCUAAUUUUCUGGAAGAAGUGCCUGACGACGUGGAGGUGUACCUGACGGACACUCCGUCUCGCUACGCCCAAGACGAGCCCGCCAACCGGGCCGAGGCCAAAAGGGUACAUUGCCGCUCUCAGCGCUAGGCCCUCUGUCCAUCCAUCCUCCGUCUCUCUUGAUUUACGUCUCGCUUUCUCCACUUGCCGUCUGUGUUCUGUGUGUGUGUGUUGUCCGUGUGUGACAGUGACAGUCGUGACUAUACAAACCUUAUCCCCCGCCUGGUGAAAGGGACAAACACAGUCAUACCUUCUGAGUGUUAGAAAGGAAGAAGGAAAGGCCAAAGUGGACAGAGAGAUAGAACACUUGAACUAUUUCAGUACGGGGCGGGUAAUAUUGACGGAGCAGUGACAAAGGACAGUGGAUAUUUGAAUAUCAUUCCUACACAGAGACAUAGAAGGAUAAUUGGGUAACCUCUUUGCACUGAAACACAAAACCAAACGCUGGAUAUUGUGUCUAUUAAUAGUGCUUUAUGAACACCUCUGAAGCGUUCCUGAUUUCUAUCAGUUGUUCCCCAAUGGAAGUAAAGGAUUUGAGUAAACUGUAGGGUUGAUAAUAUAGCAAAGCAUGCCUUUUUCAAAAAUAAACUUGAUACCUUUUAUAUAAUAGUAUACUUUAUUGGCCCAACUGCUGUAUUUCCUGGGAGAGGCUUUGUUUCUUUUUGUAUACUGCACACACUUAAAAAUAUAUAUAUUUUUCAGGCGUGAUGAAAGUGGAUAGAUAUUCCAUGUUUGAUCCAAACCAGAAGAAAUAACAGCCACAGUGAGACAUCAUACUGUAAUGGUACAAUGGAACAAUAAAAGCAGAAAUUGGAUAUUAAUCAUUUUCAUUCGCGACCUGUGUUCAUGUGUGUAUUGUCUUUUUUUUUUCUUUUUUUUUAGCAUAGUUGUGGUGUGGGUUGUACUGAAAUGAUGAUGUCACCACAUCUGAUUUCCUUUUUUUCUCACCUGCUUGGCAAAUACAAACAGAAGAAGAUUGUUCAUUUCACGUCAUAAAUGGCUCUGUCUGCCUCGUACAGUAAGUGAGUAACUAGAGAUACCAGCCUGACAGAUCUAAUGCUGGGCAUUGUGAAUAUUACACCUAAAUUAUGUUAAAUGGUUUAUUUGUAGCCAGUGAACAUUCUGCUUACACAUUCACAGGUGUUUAUAGCAACAUGGUCAUGCUUAUGCUUACACAUUAAAGUAUUACAUACUAGUUGGUGUAAUGAGGAAAGUGUUUCCCCUUUUUAGUGUAAUCAUAAUGUUUAUUUGCAGCAUAAAUUAGACAUUGUUACAAAGUUGUCUUUUGUAACACUUUUUUACAGUGAUUUAACGCCUGCAAAGUAGUGGACUACUACUACUCUCUGAGAUAGUGCUCUAUUUUGCAAGCUCAAAAGUUCCCUAUAUCUGUAGUUAUUGAUAAACCAUUUACUAAUGGGAACUGCAAAUCCCCAUUUGGUUCAAAGUUAUGAUUCCUCUUUAACUUUGAGAGACCAUUUAAAGGUCCUAGGUGAACUGUAUGGUAGCAUGUUUGGUUGCCAGCCCAGUGCAUUAGACAAGAGGGAUGGUAUCUACAGUUGUGUCCCUGAGUGUUGUAUAUUACUGUGUGUGUCCCUCAUGAUCGGUGACCUAUCAGAACCUGUGGUGUUGUGAUGUUGUGCUCUGUGUUUGAUGGGUUUUCACUAGUUACCACAGCCACAAAGUCAAAAUUUGCUAUAUCAUAAAAAUUAAUGAAAACAAAAAUGUGCUUUUUGGUCUCAGGGUUAGGCAUAAGGUUAGCAGUGUGGUUAAGGUUAGGGUUAGGUUUAAAAUAAGAUUUUAAGAAUAUAAAUUGUAGAAAUAGGUUUAUGGCUUUGUGGAUGUGGUAACUAGUAACGACCUGUUUGAUGGCUUCCAACUCAGUGUUUGUAUAAAACCUCACCAGAGCCACCAACGUCUUCAGUCCCCCAUCAACAGAGUUAAAAAGGAAUAGUUUAAAUAACAGUCCAAAAAGCAGUACCUGAUUCAUAACCUCUUUUAUAAACGUCUUUGUUUCUUCUCUCUUGUUUUUAAACCAGAGGUGUAAGUACAGUACAGUACAAUCACACAGUUUUGCAAUGCUGAAUAACUUCACUCCAUUGGUGAAAAACAUUAUGGGCUGGUUUCCUGGACAUAUUCAGCCUAGUCCUGAACUAAAAACAUAUUUCAAUGGAGAAUUGUCAUUGAGCAUGCCUUUUAGACCAGGACUAGGCUAAAUCUGUGUCUGGGAAAUCAGCCCUAAUUAUUUGAAACGGGCAAUUCCAUGGUAACGGAAUUACGCUGAGACUCAGAUUUUUCACUUUAAAAUGUAUACCAAACAAAAACCAUUGAUUUUGACGUUUAAUAAACCAUAUAAUUAUAUGCACAAGGACUACUUUGAACAAUUUCCACAGAACAUUUUACAAAAACCCAUUUACAGAAAGAACUGUGCCGAUGCAAUGUUUGGUAACAGAAUAAAACUGAGGGAUUCUGUUUUUUUUUAUUGUAAAUUGUUCAAAGUAAUCAUUGUGCAUAGAGUUGUAUGGUUUGAUAAACUUAGAAAUCGAUGGUUUUUAUUUGGCAUACAUUUUAAAGUGAAAAAUUGGAGUCUCAGUGUAAUUCCGUUAUUGUGGAAUUGCCCAAACAUAAAUGUUAGGUAUGUAUUUGACACACAUUUCAGUGGAAAACCGACAGUAAGUAUAAUGAUCUGCAAUGGCAUUGUUAUAUUUUUUUCUAUGACUUUAUAUAAAGUUACGUUUGCAUACUUGUGUAUAUUGAUAGCUAUUGUUGAGAAGUCUCAAGGUCAGCACACAUAGCAUAUCAAAUUCAAGAAUCGUUGGAAAUGUAAUUAGACUCUCUAGAAAUGGCUAUUUGGCAUACCAACCCUUCAUUCUAUUUCUAUGGCUGGGCAACUGUCAGUAAUGGAUCUACUUGAGCACUGAACCCAAAGUCUUUUAAAGUCCCAUUGGAUUCAUAGUGUUACUGUAGAUGGAUCGUGUUACUCAAAUGACAGUGGGGUGAUAUUGUUAUUGAAGGACACAGUGCUGACUGUAGACUGAGUGUCCUAGUCCUACCUCAGACAGAGAAAGGAUAGGCCACAAAGGACAUCUACUUGCUUUGUAAUGCCCUGCCCCUACCCCCACCAUGGCAUCUCUCUUCAGGUAGCCAUGGAAACCACAGAGAGUACAGCCCUGCCUGUCCGAGCAGCGUCCCCCACAGUGCGUCCCCUGUGUCCCCCAGGCACCAUGCGGCCCAUCAGCCCCGCCAGGGGCCCCAGGGACCCCCGGGACAACAAAAAGAAAAAGGGACUGCUCUCCAAGGGGAAGAAACUGCUCAAGAGACUCUCUCCGGUAAAAUAA